AUGGUUCACUGGACAGCCGAAGAGAAGGCCGCCAUCGCCUCUGUGUUUGGCAAAGUUGAUCUUGAGCAUGAUGGUGGAGAUGCCCUUGGAAGGUAAGAAUUAUAAAAGAUACAAACUCAGUGUCUUGCAUGAGAAGUGUAUAUGUUUAUAUCUAUACUGAAAUGUUAAUAUAGAGUUGGUUAACGUAAACUAUUAAACGAGUAAACUACUAAACUAUUACUUUAUUACCUCAAUAUAAUGUUUUUGGUUAAGCUUUGCAAAUUAUGUCAUUUUUUUUCGGAUGAACUUUACAUUUUUUAUUUUUAAAAUUUCGAAAUAUUAAAACAUUUAUCAAUAUAUCAAGACAUCAAAAUACUAAAAUAUUUCUCAAAACUAUUAAAUCAUUUGAAAAAAAGUUUAUCCAAAAAUAUUAAAUCUUAUAUCUAAAAAAAAUCCAUGUUUUUAAGAGCAAAUUUUAGUUUAGUGUUUUAGUGUGUUGACUGUAUGUUUUUAAAUAUACAUAUAUUAACAAAGAUUUAUAUAUAGAAACGGAAUCCCUAAACUCUAUUCCGUUACUUUAUCACCACUGUAAAUUCUAUACAUAAUAUCAGAGAUGUUUCUAUAAUCAACAUUGUUUAAACAUUCAUGAGAUACAUUACUAUUAUUAUUAUACAAAUUUGCCAAACCAAUUUCCUUGUGAGACACUUGCUUAUUAUAUUUGUAAAUUGCGCUUCUGUUUCUAGACUGCUCCUCGUGAACCCUUGGACCCAAAGGUAUUUCAGUUCUUUCGGAAACCUGUCCAACGCAUCCGCAAUUGCUGGAAAUGCCAAAGUACAAGCUCACGGCAAGAAGGUCUUGGGAGCCAUCAACAACGCAGCCCACCACUUGGAUAGCAUUAAGGCCGAUCUCCAUGACCUCAGUUCUGACCAUGCCAACAGACUGCAUGUGGAUCCAGAGAACUUCAGAGUAAGUCACUUUUUGAAAUAUGUUUUGUUUUGAAAUGUUUUGCUUUAUGAACUUAAGUAGUUAUGGAUAGAUAUUCAUAAUUUGGUCCAACCAUCGCGCCAGCUAACAUUUUUUUAUAUGGAGUAGGCAUUGGCGUCCUCUUUAUGUACUCAAAAUGUAAAGGCCAGUUUGUUUAACCCCUUAAGGACACAUGACAUGUGUGACAUGUCAUGAUUCCCUUUUAUUCCACGAGUUUGGUCCUUAAGGGGUUAAAGUCAGCUGGGCUAUAUAAAGCUUCACAAGCUAAAUGGGGACAUUAUUCUGUGCUUUAAAGAGUUUUUUAGUUGGAGACAUUUAUCAUAGAAUGCUCACACAUUAAAUAUGUUUCUUGUAAAAUUCUAUAAUUGAUAAACUUUUAACCAUUAUUAAAACCUAAGAUAAAUUUCAGAAUAUAAUUUAACAAGUCUCAAAAAAGAAAAAAAAAAAAUUUCUCAGCAUUUCUAAAUCACAUAUAUACAAUUGUUUAAUAAGUGGGGCUACCCACAAAAUUCCCAACCGUAUGUAGCAUUCCUAUGCUGCAUUUGUGAAAACAGAAUGAAUUAAUUGAUUUCACUAAUGCUUCUUAUGAAUGUUACAUGGAACCGAUUUCAGGACAACUUGAAGUAUUCAUGUGUUCCACAAAAAAUGUAGUGAUCUGGCAACCCUACCUUGAAAUAGGGAAUAACAAAACUAUAGAUCUUAUAAUGUGAUUAAACAUUAACUUCCAUGAUGUCCUGUCUACUUCUGUACAAUUACCAGUCUGUUAAUUCAUUUAUUAUGUUGUGUUUUUACAGCGUUUCAGUGAAGUGUUCGUGGUUGUCCUGGCUAAUAAACUAGGAUCUUCUUUCACUCCUUCAAUCCAAGCUGCCAUCGAGAAAUUCUUUGCAGUUGUGGUGGAUGGUCUCAGCCACGGCUAUCACUAAACUGAUUGUUGCCACAUUUGAAUAUAAGUGCACAGAAUAAAACUGAAUAAAAUGUGCAUUGAAAUUCAAACCCUUGUUUCUUAGAAUUUUCUUUUUAAAGAAUAAAAAAAUCUCAACAGUUAUAGAAAUACUACUAUCCUCUUCUGUUGCCAUAUUCUUGCUAAGCAAAUGAGAGUUAUAUUUUAACAGAAAAUCGAAAGACACUUCCUGGUUUUCCCUGCCCCAAAUUAAUUGUAUUUGUAAUAAAGGGUAAUUCUUCAUUGCAAAGUCGAUAGAUUAGGUAUGGGUAGGCACUCCAGAUGUAGACUACAUCUCCCCUGAUGCUAUGCCAACAUUAUGGUUGGAAGAGCAUGAUGGUAGAUGUAGUCCAUAACAUCUAGAGUGCUGAAGGUUGCCUACCUAUGGAUAGAUAGUACCCUGACCCCUUUCACAAGAGCAAGAAAGGCAAAAAUUGUAAUGAUAAAAAUCUCUACGGUUAUAAUCUCUGUGUUAAUUUUGUCAUUACCGUCCUUGUGCAUGCUACACGCAGAACUUGGGCUGAGCUCUCUCUCCUCGACAACUUUGCCAACUAAACUGUGAAUCGGGUGGUUUGUAAACUGUGAGCCGCUGCUAUCAGUUGGCAGAGCAGGUUCACUAUUCCUAUUCUUCUUGUACAUGUUUCAGUAUCAUUAUAAAACAUAAACAAAAUGUGUUUCUUUUACAUAUUUUUUGAUAAUACAUUAAGAAAACAGGUGGUCAGGUCUCCGCAAGAGAAAGUUUCUCUUGAACAGUUUCUACAAACAUGUAUGAAUGAAUCAACUUUUUGGGAGGGAAGUGUCUGCUUGCUAUCUGCUGAAAAUUUACUGAAACACUCACAUAAAUAAUUUCUAUUUAUUGUAAUAUAUUUAUUUAUAUCAUACAUUUUGCAAACCAUAUGCAUUUGUUGGUUAGUCAUGUUUUGUUACUGGUUCCAAACUUUAAUUCAUAAACUGUAAACCUUGUAGGAAUUAUGGCACACUUCCCUAUCCCUUCAUUUUAGGUAUCCAAACAUAACUGGACUUUUGGCUCUUCAGACGUACCCUUAAAGGGAUACUAUAGUGCCAGGAAUACAAAGCUGGCACUAUAGCUCCCUCUGCCUCCCACGCCCUUGCGCCCCCCACCCGGGUAUUUAUUUACCCGAUCCCGUCCCUCUGCGCUGGGUAACAGCUCCUCCUCCUCUGACGUUCUGCGACAAGUGGGCUCUAAUAUGCAUUAGACCUCCCCAUGAGAAAGCACUGAUUCAAUACUUUUCUAUGGGGAAAAAAUCUGACGCUGUAGGUCCUCAUGCAGAACAGAUGCAGAUACCGGACCAAAGGUCCAUUUCAAUUCAGGAAGCUCUCUAGUGGCUGUCUGGUAGACAGCCACUGGAGGCAGACUUAGUGCUGCAAUGUAAACAAUGCAGUUUCUCUGUAACUGCAAUGUUUAACAUUGCAGCACUAAGGGCAAUAGGGACAUUGCAUCCAGACCACUUCAAUUAGCUGUAGUGUAUUUCUUGUUUGUUUUGUCAAUUCAUAAUGUGGAAACAAAGAAUCCAUAUGCGAAGGUAGAUCCUGGACUUAGUGCACCUUGUGCCUGGAGCUGAAGUUUUUGUUGGGUUUAAUGAAGGUAGCUGGUUGUAUACAAAACAGGAAGGAAAGAAAUGUACAGUAUAUCUAAUCUCCUGAAUGGGGGUUAACCCCUGGUGAAAGGAAUUUAACCAAGAAAGGGGGGGAACAGGAGAAUGAAUAGGAUUACGAUGAAGUAUCCUAAAAAUUGGGUGUUCCCUACUGAUUUCGGAUAACGGUAAUAUUCAGAAAAGGGGGGGGGAUAAUAAUAAAGUGCAACCUCCAAAAAAUAAUAAAGUUAAAACUUAACUUUUAAUAGUAGUAAAUAUAAAUGAAGUGAGAAAAACCUACACCAAAUAUAAAAUCAAUAUAUAUGAGUGUGUGGAAAAAUCCCCACCAAAGCCGUCUGAGACUCAAGGUCUGAUUAGGUGUAAACAUGCAAAAGCUCACUGUGAUACAGUUUAACAGUAUCAAUUACGGUAGAAAUUGUACCUAACUCAGACCAAAAACUGUGGUAAAGUGCGAUUGUUUCAAAUAAGGUAUAGGAUUCAGUCACAGUAAAUGGACAUAUUAAUUGAGAGGUAAAGUCUCAGUGGGCAGCAAAUCUGAGGUCUCUUAAGCAGGAGAUUUAUACGGUCAGAUUGCUGUAAAUACAAAAGUGUGGUACAAGUCACUGUUGGUGCAGUGACAUGUGGAUAGCGCCAGUCUGUUCCCCUGACGCGUGUUUCACCACUCUGGCUUUUUCCACACACUCACCCACUCAUAUAUAUUGAUUUUAUAUUUGGUGUAGGUUUUUCUCACUUCAUUUAUAUUUACUACUAUUAAAAGUUAAGUUUUAACUUUAUUAUUUUUUGGAGGUUGCACUUUAUUAUUAUCCCUCCUCCCCCUUUUUUCGGAAUAUUACCGUUAUCCGAAAUCAGUAGAGAUCCCCAUCCUAUUCAUGCUCCUGUUUCCUCCUUUUUAGCUGGUUGUAUAUUUGCAUUGUCAUAUAAAAGGACCACUAUAGGCACCCAGACCACUUCAGCUCAAUGAAGUGGUCUGGGUGCCAGGUCUAUUUAGGGUUAACCCUGCAUCUGUAAACAUGGUGGUUUCAGAGAAACUGCUAUGUUUACACUAGAGUUAAUCUAGCCUGUAGUGGCUGUCUCAUUGACAGCCGCUAGAGGCACUUCUGCGCUUCUCUCUGUGAAAAUCACAGUGAGAAGAUGCUUACGUUCAUAGGAAAGCAUUGAGAAAUGCUUUCCUAUGGCCUGAUUGAAUGCACGCACGGCUCUUGCCGUGCAUGCGCAUUCGGCACUGAUGUCAGAAGAGGGAGGAGAGUUUCCAGGCACCGAGGGAGCCCGGCGCUGGAGAAAGGUAAGUGUUUAACCCCUUCAGCCCGGUGAGAGUGGGACCCUGAGGGUGGGGACCUAAAGACCCUAUAGUGCCAGGAAAACUUCCUGGCACUAUAGUGGUCUUUUAACUACAGGGUGACCCAUAAGUCCCUACUCAUCCAGCACAUAGAUACACUGGAUACAUAAGAUAUAUGGAUGGGUAUGGACUUAUGGGCCACCCUGUACACAUGUAGGUGCAUUACCCUUUAAUUUGGGGAACACCAGCAAGGUGCCUCCAAACUGGGAGGGCCAAACUCCCAAAUACAUCCAGUAGUUCAAAUACAAAUGUCUGAGCACAACCAUUGUUUUUUUUAAGAAUGCAUUCUUUUAUUUAGGAGUGCAGAAAAUAGACAACAUUUCGGCACCUGUCCAUUUCGUUCACUCUUAAAUAAAAGACUGUCUCUUUAAGAAACCAACCAGUGUACCCAGACAUUUUUAUUUGUAUUAACUGCACAUGUGACCGACAGCAAAUGUACUGCAGCAUACACGACCUUCGGACGCUCCGUCAAGUAUGAUUGCAAUGCCACAUAAAAUUUGAAACUGACUUUGAAUUUUCUCUGAAUUCUCAUUUUAGUGAAUAACCCUUUAAGUCACUUUGAAAAGGUAAGACUUUGUUUGUUGGGAGUACUUUCAAAGUCAAAUUCCGUGGACAAACUAGAAAGAAACUAAGCAUUAUACUGUGAUGGACAAGAUGUUGGGAAAGGUUUUGAGUAGCUAUACCAGUAAUGUUAUACUAGAUUUAGGGCCGGCGCCAGUGCAGGGGGGCGCAAAAAUCUGAAUCCCCUGCCUCUGGCUGGAGACUCAGAUUUUUAAACUCACCUCUCUCCCUUCAGCCAGCACACAGCAGGAGCAGGGCAGUGAAGUCAGCCGUCCUCUUCUGAUGCGUUCCUGACUGCAGCUCCAGCCUCCAGUGUAGCCCGUCCCAGCCGACCACUAAGAGUAAGAUUCUCCCCUCCCUGGCCCAAGGUAAGCCUCUGGGAGGGUAAGGGGGUGGGGGAAGAACUUUUAGUGUUUAUUUUUUUAAAUCAAAACUUUUUUUGUUUGUUUUUUUGCAGCCCCUCUCUACUGCCCCUGCCCCCACUAUACUGCCCCUGCUCCCACCAUACUGCCCCUGUCCCCUCUACUGCCCCAUGUGCCCCUCUACAGCACUUCUAUUUCCCUCUAGAGCCCCUACCCCCACUCUUUUGAAUGUAAGCAUUUCUUUCACUUGUAUAUUUUGUCUGUACUGCUUGUAUUGUGUAGGACAUUAGCACUGAGGAAGGGCUUGUUGCCCGAAACGUUUGUUUAUAUUGUGUCCUCUAAUAAAUUGCACUAGCACCUGGGUGUGCACUACCUACUUGAUGCGCAGAACUCAAUUUUUUGUCUAUCUGCUUGUUACACUGUUGGAAAUACAGUAAGGAGACCCUGCAGCUCGGAUUUAACUGUUCAUUACUGUGUUCUUAAUCUUUGAUAAUCGGUGGGCAUCACUGAUGCCUCUGCCUCAUCCUAUGCAUAGUGAUAUAAAAGUGAGGUCAAAGAGAAAGUGGCUACAAAAAAUAAUGUAAAAACAUUCGGGAAAAAAGGAAAAAGUAGACCACAGAGGGUUCAUGUAAAGGGUGGGACAAGCAUAAACGGGCAACAUUUAGAAAAAUGAUAGGAAGGAAAUUAUGUAAUGAGAACACUGACCAAGGGAUCAUCGAUAGAGAUAAAAAAAAAUAGGGAUCAGAGGAUCGUCAUCUGAGAUAGGAGAUGCCCUAUGUGUGCGCAUUAUGCGAGAGCUGCAUCUUGAGGGCAGUUCCAGCAGGUAAAAUGGCGCCCGCAGUAACAGGGCAUAGGAUGCGCAAGAAGGAAGGUGCUCGCAUAUGCGUGAGCGUCACGCGAAAGCCUUAUUUUAAGGGCAAUUCCAGCUAGAAAAAUGGCAUCCGCGACAGUAGUGUAUGUGACGUGCAUGUGCGAACAAGAUUGGGUUCGCUACCAUAGGUAAAAGGACUAUUGAUUGUUAGAUUUAGGUGGCUAUUGGGUAUUUAUUUUAUGUGCAAAUAAUUGGGCACUUCUAGGACGACCUCGUCUGGCUAUCUGGAUGUCACGGUGAUAACCGUGACAGACACACAGAGGGGCUGUGAGAAAAAAUAGACACAGAGAAUGCUUGGGGGUACAUAGAGAGACAUAGAGUGCUAGGGAGAGACUAAGAGACACACCGAGAGACUGGGGAGACAAAGGGACACACAGAGGGGCUGGGGAGAGAAGAGAGACAAAAAAAGAGCUGGGGAAAAAAAGACACACAAAGAGAGAGACUGGUAGGAAAAGACACACAGAGGGUCUGGAGGGAGAAAGAGACACACAAAGGAGUUUGGGGAGAAAGGACAAAGGAGCUAGGAAAAGAGAGAGACACAUAAAGUUUUUUUUUUUUUUUUGGGGGGAGAUAGUGGUGUGGAGGAGGUGCAAGUAGCUGGGCUUGUCUAGUGUGCAAAAUAAUCUUGCCCUGGAUAGCAGUUUCUUUUAGCAAAGUUUCGGCUGUGCAACAAUGCAUAAUAUUGGCUGUUUUGAAAAGAUUUCUCAGACAAAGUUAAAAAAAGUCUCAACAGUGAAUGGAUUGAUAUAAAUGUUAAAUAUGAGGGGGUGGCUGUAGUGCAGGCUUGGAAUACAGUUCAUUUAAAAUUAGAGAAUCACUGGAAAAACAUACCCCUGAGACUUCUGGGAGUUACACUCACAUGCAGGAGCUGCAAUUUGCAACUGCUACCCCCACUUCAGCCGCGCUCUCUUUAGUGAUUUUCCAAGAAAGGCGCUACUAGGGCGUGAGAAGUGCAUACUCUGAUUCCUGUACCCCUCUGACAGCAUAUUAGUAACGGGAGAGGGACUGGAUUAAUGGUGGCAUCUACAACUAAAAGAGAAUAUAGGAAAUAAUGAUGUAGAAUGUCUGAUGUGCUUCCUUACUUGCUGGUCAGCACUGAAGGUCAUGUGUACUGUUGGCCUGUCUGCUUAUCUCUUUGUCUUUCAUGCUGAUACGAGAGUCCUUUACUCAGGCCCUCUCCUAUCUUACAGGGUUAUUCACGAAAGUGAGACUUCAAGGUGAAUUCAAAGUACAUUUUUAAUUUUAUGUACAAGUAGCCAAAAAAUGUACAUAUAUUGUUUCAUUUACAAUUUUGCACAAAUAGGAUUCCGUUUGUAAAUAUAUGUUUUCAAUUUUAUUUUAUUACGAUUUUAUUUAUUUUUGUUCCAGUCAUACGUUUUUUUUGUCUGUUUUACUAUAUCGUGGUGAUAUCUGUCGCUACACAAGUUUGUUCAUUAUAUUUAUGGUUAAAUUAAACUACUUGCUUUUCACACGUCUGAAGAGCUGCCGGGAGUUUAUCUACAGAGGUGUUUAAGUGUAUUGCAUUGUGAUUUGAAAUGGAUCUAAAAUACAAUAUAUCCCUUGAACAUCUGCAUUUCUUCACGGUUUCAAAGUAAUAGGAGAUGCAAAUUCUAACAGUCUGAGGAAAUUAUUUCCAUUUUCAAUAAAGGCUGAAAUGGCUUCCAGUCUUAGUUGCUGUUCUGGUUGUUCCCUAGUAAUGAAAGAAACAGGGUCAUACGGGGUUGGAGAGAACGAAAAGGUAAGAUAAGCGCUAACCAAUUAACAAUGGUUUGCAAGAGGGAGAAUUGUCUAGAAUUUAAACUGAAUUUCAAAUUUACAAAUUCUCCAAGUAAGCGGUGCUUCCAGUUAAACUAUUUUGGUCUAAAAUGUGAAAUGAAUUCACUUUGAAUGCACUCUGAAUUUCCAACAGUGCUCAGUUUACUAAACAGCCGUAUGGCAGGGGUACUCAAAAUGUAGAUCCCCAGAUGUCCUAGAACAACAACUCCCAUGAUGCUUUGCAUGCCUUUAGAAUGACAAAGCAUCAUGGAAGCUGUAGUUUUAAAACAUCUGCGGAUCUACCUUUUGGGCACCCCUGCCGUACCAUGUUUGGAGAGAUUGAGAGGGAGGACCUGGCUUCAGGGAGUAAAGCACAGAGAAUAUUCAUUCACCUUUUUGCAAUUUGUAGUAGUUUGGAUCCAUACUUGAUUCAUACUUGAGCAUCAACAGUUAGAGGGCUUAGGUCUUUGGUAACAUAUCAUAAUAAUAAGCAAUGCUUACAGCUUGCUAAUUAUUAAUAUUAUUAUUAUUAUUAUUCCUACUUGUGCUUAUGUUGCCUCUCUUUAUUACUGUGAAAAAAUGAAACUGAUAUUGUACUACCUAGUGGGGAACAAUUCUCAAAACAUCUUUUAUCAGGUGGAAAAAGUACUUUUGUUUAUCAAAAAGAUUAUUCUUUUUAACUCCUUAAGACCGCGGGACGUUCUAUGCCACCAUUAAGGAAGCAGCUCUAAACGCCGCAGGGCGGCAUAGGACGUCCCCGCGACCUUAUGUACUUACCCGGUCACCGGCGAUCCCACGCCGGCGAUCGCGGUAUGGGGACUUACCUGGGAGACCAGGGAGUCCCCCUCCUUCCUCUUCGGCCCCUCUGGGCCAUGUGAUCGUGAGGUCCUUGCGAGGACCUCGCGAUCACAUGGAUGGCAUAGCCGUCCAAGGCAAUGCCGGCAGAGGGAGUGCCUGUAAUGACAGGUACUCCCCCUGCUGUCUGAAAAAACAAAACAAAACAAAAAACAUGUUAAAACAGUGUAAAAUUAAAUAAUAUAUACUUAGAUCAUAUAUAUAUAUAUAUAUAUAUACACACACAUACACAUAAAUACACAUACACUGUCUAAGUGUAUUUUAAUAUUAAUAUAUAUAAUUAUAUAUAUAUAUAUAUAUUCAUAUCAAAGUACAUGUACAAUGAUAUUGACUAAAUAUAUAUAUAAUUAUCGUUGUAUAUAUUUAUAUAUAAUAUAAAAUAAACAAAUAUGUAAAUACGUUAAAAAAUAAAAUUAAGGGGGCGUGUCUGACAGCCGGCGAGCACGGUCACAUGGAGUGAGAGCUCCCGGCAGCAACAGACCCCACCGCGAUUAUAAAGCAGAUAGGACAAUCUGAAUCCCGGCAAAUUACUACCUGCUGACAGGUACCGACACCAUGGCCCCCUCCAAACAAUUGAAAAUGACGGAUCAAAUAAAAUCCGCCAGAAAAGACAAGGGCAAAUCUCCACAAGAUGGCGACGACAGCAUGGGCCUUCCUCCUGCACCAGACCAGCUAACUGAAACUGACACAGCCUCAUAUUCCUACACAGAGGCACCUGUUAGUGAAAAAAGGCUAUUCACCAUGCUGCAAGAUCUGAGAACAACUUUAAAUGCGGACAUGAAAAAAAUGACUGCAGAAUUUAAACGGGAACUGAACGAAAUAGGUGAUCACACAGACUGCCUGGAAGUGCGGACGGAAGAAACCUGUGCCUCACAAAACGACUUUGCAGAGCAGCUGCGCACGCUCCAAGAAGAGCACAUACUUCUAAAGAGGAAAACUGCAGACAUAGAAAAUCGCUCAAGGCGAAAUAAUGUAAGAUUCCGGGGAAUCCCAGACGUCACCCAUGACGCUCUCCCUGAUUACAUACUAAGCCUAAGCACCACCUUAGUGCCGGCCAUAGAGAAAGAAGGGUGGCUCAUGGAUAGGGCUCACCAUAUUCCGAGACCCCCGCGCUUCACAACAGACACACCAAGGGACACGGUGGUCAGAUUUCACUAUUUCAAAUCCAAAGAAGCGCUGAUGACCGCGGGACGCAAAAUACAACGUUUACCAGAGCCGUACCAAGACAUCCAAGUAUUUGCUGAUUUAUCGGCGCUCACUAUGGAAAGAAGACGGGAAUUCAUCUCUGUCACGAAAACGCUGCGCAAUCACAACAUACAAUAUCGAUGGGGAUACCCGACCAAACUCUUGAUAUGGAAAGACAACAAACACCACAACAUCGAGGAACCAGCUGUAGGCCUGAAACUUCUACGGGAGUGGGGACUGUUCAGAUCUCAAGACUCUCCUGCACAAAGUUCCAAAUUGCCGACAGAAUGGCACAUGGAGGGCUCGCCCAGAAAACAGCAGCGUGAUACCCAAAAGGACUAAAUGUUUGCAACACCCGCACGACCGGGACUGUAUGUGACACCCCUCCACUGACGGAUGCCAAUCUGUAUGUAUACCAUGCCACACUUCACCGCACAAACACGACAUACAUCACAUACAUCAAAUGUUUUCGAAUAAGCACGUUCUAUACAUGCACACCACAACAAUCUCCACAGCACGAAUACGACAUGUACCAGAUGUCUUUGAAUAAGCCCCUCUUCUGGGGGUGACACAUGCAGGCCUGAGCACGGUGACACAUAUCUAAUGACAACACACAACCAAUUACAAAAAAAAAAACACACAUACACCGGUAUAGCAUACAAAGGUUCUAACAACCGAAUAACGUCUUACGUUUGAAACCAUGUUUAAAGGGUCUCUGCCACGGCUGCCCUCCGUAGACCUCGCCCCCCGGAUUGACCUGCUGCCCGGCUGAGGCUCCCCACUCAUCUUCAUUCUGUGCCUAGAGCCUCUCAUCUAUCACAUUAAACGUGACCCUCUAAUCCCGGGACUUGACACCCCUGUCGGUGAACAAAAACUAGCCCUAUUUGCGGACGACAUACUAGUAUUUCUGACAGACCCGAUACAAUCUAUCCCAGUCCUUCUACAAAUGCUGAACAAGUAUGGCUCAGCGUCGUACUACAAAAAUAAUACAGCCAAAACCCAGGCUCUCCCCAUCCGACUACCAAAGGCCACGAUUAAAAAAUUAGAAGAAACACAUACAUUCGAAUGGCGAUCUAAAUCGAUCCAAUACUUAGGCAUCAAACUAACAAAAUCAAUAAACUCACUAACUACCGAAAACCAUACACCUAUGCUUCACAAACUCACAGCCCAAAUGAGCCAAUGGGAAAGGUUGGAAGUAUCGUGGUUGGGGCGCAUUAACUCCAUUAAAAUGAUGAUUCUCCCCCACAUGCUUUAUCUCUUCCGCACACUCCUCAUACCAUUGCCGACCAAAUUACUAAAAAGAUUCCAGACUAUCAUUAACCAGCACUGUCAUUAACUUGCACCAUCACUAUCAUUAACGCCCACAUAUGAAAAAGGAAGCCUCCCAGAAUGGCCACCGCCAAACUUAGCCUACCAUUUGCGAAAGGUGGCUUAGGUGUUCCGGACAUCCGUAAUUACUACCGAGCACAAGGACUACGAUUACUCAGAACCCCAGACGCAGAACAAACCCCUCUAUGGCUAGCUCUCGAGGAUGCCUGCAUACACCCAGCCACUCUGACUAAUGCCCUCUGGACACCCGAACCAACAUCCAUAGGGAGUACCGCACUAUGGUGCACAAAAACCACUAUGAACACUUGGAGACAAUGGGCCUCAGUGGUCAUAGACACGCAAACACUAUUCAAAGAAGCACCACUCACAGCACUGCAGGCCAGCUCACCCGACCUCCCACUACAAACAUGGACGACCCUAGGGAUCCGUAAAAUUCAGGACCUAUAUAACCAAAACAUGCUGAAAGUAUUCCCUACCCUGCAAAGCGAGUUCUCCCUGAGCCCCAGAGAAAUAUUCAAAUUUUUAAGGGUCAAGCACAUACUACAAACUCGCACUAAGCCGACAACACCCGUAAAACGGCCUGACACUCCUUCUGCCCGGUACAUUCUGACAUCCCGCUCUGCCAAACCUCUAGCCCUUUGCUAUAAUGCACUGGAACGAGAGAAAUCCGAACACAAACUUCCUUACAUGGAAAAGUGGGAAGGAGAUAUAGGGAAACCACUCACAUUACAACAAUGGCAUGAAGCCUUUUACUUAACAAAACGGGCAUCUAAAAGCUUGUCCCUAUGGGAAGCAUAUUGCAAGAUAGCAAUGCGUUUGUAUCUGGUCCCCUUACGACUAGCAAGAAUGAAUCCCAACUCCUCCCCGUUGUGCUGGAGAUGCAAUCGCACAGCAGGGUCGUUGCUUCACAUAUUUUGGGACUGUCCGAUCAUAACUUCGUUCUGGACCUCAGUCCAAACACUCAUACGCGAAACUACUAGCUUAGCUAUACCACUAGACCUUGUACAUUACUUGCUGCAGAGCAAAAAAUGGGUCGCAAGAGUAUUCUGAGGACGGACAGCAGCUAAAAUAGCCUGCCCUAUGGUGGGUCCCCGCUCAGAACUCAAGCUGGUUUUAGCUCAUCUUGUGCCAUUACAGAGAGAACAUAUCUGAAGCAUAUCAGACUGGUCCCACCCAUACGGGCAGUCCAGAUCCGAAAUGCCAGCAAGUUCUCUCUGCACGAGAGAUACAGCAACCCCAGACGAUGGUUUCAGCCUUGUUAGGCAUCGUCAGUGAGGCAUAGCUGAUAUCUCUCUAGGCACCGUGAGCAAGGGGUCCACGUCUGGAUUACCCUUUAAACUAAUGGAGAGCAAAAAAUGGGUCACAAGAGUAUUCUGAGGACGGACAGCAGCUAAAAUAGCCUGCCCUUCGGUGGGUCCCCGCUCAGAACUCAAGCUGGUUUUAGCUCAACUUGUGCCAUUACAGAGAGAACAUAUCUGAAGCAUAUCAGACUGGUCCCACCCAUACGGGCAGUCCAGACCCGAAAUGCCAGCAAGUUCUCUCUGCACGAGAGAUACAGCAACCCCAGGCGAUCGUUUCAGCCUUGUUAGGCAUCGUCAGUGAGGCAUAGCUGAUAUCUCUCUAGGCACCGUGAGCAAGGGGUCCACGUCUGGAUUACCCUUUAAACUAAUGGAGAGCAAAAAAUGGGUCGCAAGAGUAUUCUGAGGACGGACAGCAGCUAAAAUAGCCUGCCCUACGGUGGGUCCCCGCUCAGAACUCAAACUGGUUUUAGCUCAUCUUGUGCCAUUACAGAGAGAACAUAUCUGAAGCAUAUGUUGAUAUCUCUCUAGGCACCGUGAGCAAGGGGUCCACGUCUGGAUUACCCUUUAAACUAAUGGAGAGCAAAAAAUGGGUCGCAAGAGUAUUCUGAGACGGACAGCAGCUAAAAUAGCCUGCCCUUCGGUGGGUCCCCGCUCAGAACUCAAGCUGGUUUUAGCUCAUCUUGUGCCAUUACAGAGAGAACAUAUCUGAAGCAUAUCAGACUGGUCCCACCCAUACGGGCAGUCCAGAUCCGAAAUGCCAGCAAGUUCUCUCUGCACGAGAGAUACAGCAACCCCAGACGAUCGUUUCAGCCUUGUUAGGCAUCGUCAGUGAGGCAUAGCUGAUAUCUCUCUAGGCACCGUGAGCAAGGGGUCCACGUCUGGAUUACCCUUUAAACUAAUGGAGAGCAAAAAAUGGGUCGCAAGAGUAUUCUGAGGACGGACAGCAGCUAAAAUAGCCUGCCCUACGGUGGGUCCCCGCUCAGAACUCAAGCUGGUUUUAGCUCAUCUUGUGCCAUUACAGAGAGAACAUAUCUGAAGCAUAUCAGACUGGUCCCACCCAUACGGGCAGUCCAGAUCCGAAAUGCCAGCAAGUUCUCUCUGCACGAGAGAUACAGCAACCCCAGACGAUCGUUUCAGCCUUGUUAGGCAUCGUCAGUGAGGCAUAGCUGAUAUCUCUCUAGGCACCGUGAGCAAGGGGUCCACGUCUGGAUUACCCUUUAAACUAAUGGAGAGCAAAAAAUGGGUCGCAAGAGUAUUCUGAGGACGGACAGCAGCUAAAAUAGCCUGCCCUUCGGUGGGUCCCCGCUCAGAACUCAAGCUGGUUUUAGCUCAUCUUGUGCCAUUACAGAGAGAACAUAUCUGAAGCAUAUCAGACUGGUCCCACCCAUACGGCAGUCCAGAUCCAAAAUGCCAGCAAGUUCUCUCUGCACGAGAGAUACAGCAACCCCAGACGAUCGUUUCAGCCUUGUUAGGCAUCGUCAGUGAGGCAUAGCUGAUAUCUCUCUAGGCACCGUGAGCAGAGCUGAUAUCUCUCUAGGCACUUGCUGCAUAUGCUCCCCACGAGCAAUUCAGUGAGACAUCCAGCGACCACGACUGCAUUAAACAUAUUAACUAUAGCCAAAAUUGCGAUAGCCUCACAGUGGAAGGUCGUGACGCCACCAACACUAGAGGAGGUAACAAAACGGGUGGAUAAUGUAUGCUUGUACGAGAGAAUGGCACACAAUUUACAAGGAACACCGGAAAAACAUGGUAACCAAUUGUGCGGGUGGCUCAACGCCCGAGCAUUGGACGGUACAGACGAACAAGGCACUAUGACACGUCGACACGCGCCCCAGAGGAAUAAGUAGGGGGGUCAUGCUACAUGCUACAUGCCACAAACCUUGCCACUACUCACACAUACCGCAGGGUCCGAUAGCAGAACCAAACAAAUACACAACAGGGAAAUUCCAGGUUACACGGUUACACAAAUAGAGUUACUGUUGAAUGUUACCCUUCCCUUAACCUUUUUUUUUUCCUUUGUACCCGGUUGCAUGACGUGAUAGAGAAUUAAGCUAGUGCGGUCACCAACAACAGACAGCACAAGUGUCUAUAGCUCCAAGUCAAAAACAAAACACCUCAAACGAGCUGUCACACAAACGAAGAUAUAACAUAACAUCGAUGAAAAGCAGAUCUGGUGAUGCUCAUUUUUUUUUUUUUUUAUUGUCUUUUUAUUAGCAGAUUUUCCACCAUAAAUACAUUUUACAAAAGAGUAAUUAAAAUACAUUCAUCCACAUAAAAACAGAUAUAAAAAAAAAUAAUAAAAAAAAAAAAUCACAAAAAAAACUAUCCACCACCCCACGAGAGUUCUACAGACUUCAAACUUUUUCCAACUUUUUCAAAUGACAUUCCUUUUACAGUUGUAAUAAUUUUUUCUCCCAUUUUUCCCAUAGGCUCAAAUCAUCCUUCAAAAGUUUGCAAUGAUCUUUCUCCAUUUUUAGUUGGUAAACCAACUGAAUUGUUAUUAAUUUUAUGUUAAAGGGGAUAACUCCCUUCCAAUUUCUUGCUAUUAUUAUUUUACAUGCCAAUAGACAAUGAAUAAUUAAAAAUUGAUUUAUUUUAUUCAAUUUUGGCCAUUUAUAAUGUAAUAACAUUACUUCAGGUUUUAAAGGCAUUUUGACAUCACACAGUGUAUGAAUGAUAAUUUGAGCCCACUGCCAUAUAACAAUCACUUGUUUACAUGACCACCACAUAUGAAUAUAAUUUCCCUUUUCCUCCCUGCAUUUCCAACAUUUAAUGUCCCUUGAUACAUCAAAUUUAGCUAUUUUUGUUGGCGUCAUAUACCAUUGAUUAACCAGCUUAAAAUGUGUUUCUAUAAAUACAAAGGAGUGGACAUAUUUGUAAAUUUUUUGUGCCAUACAUAGCCAUUCAAAUAAUUCAAUAUUUAUUUUUAAUUCAGUGUUCCAUUUUUUAAUGGCAGUGGGCAGAACAGAAUCAUCCAUUAAAUCCAACAAUCUAACACAUCUGGAAAACAAUUGUUUUGUCUUAUUCUGAUGUAAGAUUGUUUUUAAAAUAUCAUACAUCUUACCUUCUUUUACUAACUCAACUUUCUCCAAGUAAUGUUUUACUCUAUAAUAAGUAAAAAUAUCUUUGUCAGAGAACUUAAAUUCCUCAACUAACUUUUUAUAAGAUUUAAUUUUAUUUCCUUCAAAUAGAUCCUCCAAAGUAUUUAUUCCUUUUUCUUUCCAUAAUUUUAAGGAUAUACUCUCCAUAUUUAAUUCUAUUAUUUCUAAAUUUUGAAAGCCAAAUAUCUUAUUUACCAAACCUAUUUUUUUCCUUAUUUUUUGCCAAAUAGGAAUAAUCUGUCCUAAAAUAUACGAUCUGGACAGAUUAAGUUUUUUUGUACUCCAGACUACUUCUAAUUUACUUCUUAGUUGGCUAUAAUCUAGUUCCAACCACCACCAUACUUCCUCUUUGUUUUGUAUCACUUGACUAGCCAUAACAUGCGUAAUAAUUCCUGCUUCAUAAUAUUUUCUUAUAUUUGGAAAUCCUAGACCUCCCUUCUUUAUUCCUCUUGCUAAAACUCCAUUUUUAACUCUGGGUUUUUUUCCUCGCCAUACAAAAUCCGAAAAAGCCUUAUUAAUCAUUGUCAGCCAUGCAUUCGGAAUUUCUAACGGAAGCAUUCUGAACAAGUAAAUCCAUUUUGGUAGAACAUAUGAUUUCAAAAUGUUUAUUCUUCUUCCCCAAGAUACUUCUAAUUUUCUCCAUUCUUUCAAAUUCUUGUUAGUCUCUUUAAGGAGAUCCAUAAAAUUUAUUCUCAUAAUACUUUCUACCUUUCUGCAAAUUUUGAUUCCCAAAUACAAAAACAUUUUAGCUUUAAUAAAACCAUAUGUUUCUUGAUAAGAAUCUAUUUCUUGCUUUGUCAUAUUCAUAUAUAUAUGGCAGUUGAUUUUGUUUUAUUUAAUUUAUAAUUUGAUACUGCACUAUAUAUAUCAAUUUCUGACAUUGCAUUUGUUAUUGAUCUUGAUGAUUUCAAAAAAAGAAUAGUAUCAUCGGCAUAAAGGGAUAUUUUCAUUUCUUUCUGUUUUGCUGUAACACCCUUAAUGUUUUCAUUAUUUCUGAUUCUGUUAGCUAAAACCUCUAGUGUUAAUAUAAACAAUAAAGGGGAUAAAGGACAGCCUUGUCUGGUCCCGUUAUUCAGUUUGAACCAAUCUGAACAUAUACCAGGGCCAAUAGUUCUCGCCUUUAGAUCUUUAUAUAAAGCAAAAAUAGCAUCGAGCAACCAACCUUGUAUACCUAAUUCCUCUAAAGUAAACUUCAUAAAAUCCCAGCUGACCCUGUCAAAGGCUUUUUCAGCAUCUAAAGACAGGAUCAGCAUGGGACUUUUUUCCUUUUGUGAGAAAUCUAAUGCAUUUAUCACACGUCUCAUAUUGUUACUUGACAUCCUGUCUGGUACAAAACCUAUUUGAUCAGGGUGGAUUAAUUGCUUAAUGACUUCUUUUAUUCUACCAGCUAUAAUAGAAGAAAAUAUCUUGAUAUCCACAUUUAUUAAUGAUAUUGGGCGAUAACUCUGUACUCUAGUAGGAUCUUUCCCAGGUUUCAGUAUAGGUAAAAUAUUUGCUUUAAGCAUUUCCUCAGGAAAUCUGCCCUUUUUAACUGCGGAAUUAAAAGUAUUUUUUAAAUGUUGUAUCAAGUGAGGUUGCAUAAUUUUAUAGAAUCUAUUUCCGAAUCCAUCUGGACCUGGAGUUUUAUAGGUUUCUAAUCUAUCAAUUGUUAUCUUGAUCUCUUCUUCCCUAAUCUCUUUAUUUAGAUUAUUUAUCUGUGAUUCUGUUAUUUUAUUCAAUUUGGCUGACUUGAUAUAUUUUUUUAUUAUUUCUGAUGGAGUAGUUGCUGGAAGACUAUAUAGAUUAGCAUAGUACUCAUUAAAUGCAUUCCCUAUCUGUUCUGGUAAAAGGGAGAUAUUAUCAUUAGUUAUUAUUUUAUCAACCUUAUUGGUCAUAUUUUUUUUUUUCAGCAAAUUGGUCAUUAUUUUAUCCGCUCUAUUAGAUUUGUGAUAAUAUUUAAUUUUAAGUUUGAGCAUAUUUUUUUUUAUUUUUUCAUAAGUUUUUUCCUGUAUUUCUGAUUUAAUUUUCUCUAUUUUUAACUUAAUAUCUUUACUUGGGUGAUCUGGUGAUGCUCAUAUGUUGCUAUUACUGUUAACGAUACUGUACGUGUUAUCAUGUUAUGUGUACAUGUGCGUAAUAAGCCGGUGAGGCCAUAUCUGAUCGAUGAGCUGCUGCGUCAGCAAUUGUAUUAUUAUUGUAUUAUUACUAUUAUUGUAUUAUUACUAUUAUUAUUUUAUUAUUAUGUCACGGUACUAUGCACUGGAGUACUACCAAAACUAAUAAAAAAAGAAAUAUGAAAAAUAAAUAAAUAAAUAAAUAAAAUUAAAAAAAUAUAUAUGCAUGUAUAAUUUCGUUCUAACUGUAUUUUAAAAUUAAUAUAUAUAUAUAUAUAUAUAUAUUGAUAUCAAAAUAAAUGUAGGACGAAAUAAUAUAUAUAUCUAUAUACAUAAGUAUGUGAGUGCACUUCCAACAAGGUAUUUUAUAUUUUGAGGUCGGAGUGGCACCUAGGCAAUAAACAAGACUGGGAGCAGGAGUGCGGGACCCAGUGCGAAUUGAAUUAUAUACAUAAGUAUUUCCAUAUAUAUCACUAUAUAUAUACCUAUAUAUAAAUAAAAAUAAUUUAAAAAAAUGAUAUGCAUAUAUAUAUACACAUAUAUAUAUAUACACAUGUAUAUAUAUAAUAAUUCUACGUUUAGAUUUAUGUAAUACUUUUAUAUAAUUAUUCAUUACAAUUUGCAGGAUCUGCCUGACAACCCAGGCUAAAAGUUCAGGGAAUUUAAUUUGCUAGCACUAUAUUUAACCUUGUAACUUACCAAGACACCAUAAAACCUGUACAUGGGGGGGUACUUUUUUACUCGGAAGACUUCGCUGAACACAAAUAUUAGUGUUUCAAAACAGUAAAAUGUAUUACAACGACAAUAUCGUCAGUGAAAGUGACAUUUUUUGCAUUUUUCACACACAAAUUGCACUUACACAGAUGAUAUAAUUGUUGUAAUACGUUUUACUGUUUUGAAACACUAAUAUUUGUGUUCAGCGAAGUCUCCCGAGUAUAACAGUACCCCUCAUGUACAGGUUUUAUCAAAAGUUACAGAGUCAAAUAUAAGGCUUGCGUUUCAGUUUUUUCACAUUGAAAUUCGCCAGGUUGGUUAUGUUGCCUUUGAGACCGUAGGGUAGCCCAGGAAUGAAAAUUACCCCCAUGAUGGCAUACCAUUUGCAAUAGUAGACAACCCAAGGUAUUGCAAAUGGGGUAUGUUCAGUUUUUUUAGUAGCCACUUAGUCACAAACACUGGCCAAAAUUAGCAUUCAAAUUAGGUUUUUGCAUUUUCAAAUAUUAACACUAACUUUGGCCAGUGUUUGUGACCAAGUGGUUACUAAAAAAGACUGGACAUACCCCAUUUGCAGUACCUUGGGUUGUCUACUUUUGCAAAUGGUAUGCCAUCAUGGGGGUAAAUCUUAUUCCUGGGCUACCAUACGGUCUCAAAGGCAACGUAACCAAUCUGGCGAAUUUCAAUGUGAAAAAUCUGAAAAAUGUUAUAUAUAAGCUAUAUUUGACUCUGUAACUUCCCAAAACACCAUACAACCUGUACAUAGGGGGUACUGUUUAACACGUGAGACAUCGCUGAAUACAAAUAUGUGUAUUUUAUUGCAGUAAAAGCAAACAGUAUUAUGACAUUCACAAUUAAAAUGUCACAUAGAACCAAAAGUUUUUUUUUAAUUCUUAUUUUUCCCCAUUUUUUUGUAUAUUUUAUUCAUAUUAAAUUAUGUUUCAUACCUAUAUGUUUGAUGUUAAAUGAAAGCCCUGUUUUCCCUGAAUAAAAUGAUAUAUAAUAAGUGUGGGUGCACACUUGUACCAUCAAUUGUAAAAUAAAUUACAAUGACAUCGUUUUUUUUAAUGAAACCAUAAAAUUAAUAAAUCAUAUAGCCAGUUGAAAUUAGAUUGCCCUCAUAUAAAGUAUAAAUUGUAUUGUUGAUAACUACAACAGACAUAAAUUACUAUCAGAACAGUUAUAGUUUAUGCAGAAAUUAUCAAAGCAAAGUAAGGUUUAUACUGAAUCCUUUGUAAUGGAUUUUCCAGUUGGUAAGAGAUUAUAUGGUUCUUUAAAAAAACAAAAAAACAAUAGACAUAAAAAAAUGGUAGCCAAUUGUUCCCUGAAGACAUUUAUAAUAGAACCAUAAAAUAAGAAAAAUUAUAGUAUAAAAAAAAAAAAUCAAACAUUGUCAGGAAACCAAAAGUUGUAAGUGUUGGGGCAGAUCACCUAAAUGUCGCAAUACACAUAUCCCAACGAUGAUCAACGUUUGCACUUUCUGUUGGGUUAUGCACACUCAGACUUCCAAAAUGAAACAAAGAACACAUUCUUCAGGUAGAAUGUCACAAUUAGAGAAAAUUAGAAAAAUAAAUUUAGAGUCCCAGCAACUAUCAGGGUUAUUCACUAUAGUGAAAAUUCCAAUUGAAUUCAAAUUGAAUUUCAAAUUCAAGGCCAAACUUGCUGAUUGGGAAAAAUUCUCUAAGGCAAAUAUGCUUCCAGUUCAGCUACUUUUGCCUCUUUGAAUUCACUGGCAUACCUUAUCAGCCUUUAAGUGGUUUCUUUUUACUAACAUGUAAUAGAAGAUAGUACAGCAGAAUCUCCAGUGCCAUUCUUAUAGUAAAGUCCUCCCAUCAACUCAUACAUUCUAUACGACACUAAACAUUAACCCCUACACUACACUAAAUAAUAACCACUACACUAACACUACAAUUUAACUCCUACAGUACCCUAACACCAACCAUUAACCCUUAAACAACCCUAAAGCUUAACCGUAACGCUAGCCUUAACUGAAAAAAAAAAUGUGAAUUUUACCCUACAAGUCCUUCUUGUCAUUAAGUAAUAUUUCCAGCUACAUGGGAUAGUCAUAUUGUCUUUAAUGAGGUAGUCUUUUCUACCUAUAUAUUUUCUAAGAUUUUCUAGCACAGUGUGUAUACUACAUGUGUAGAUUGAUAGAAAUCUCAUAUUUUGUUAAAUACAGGUUAAUUAGAGUUAUUUCUGAUUUGCAUUUGGAACUAAAAAGGAUCAUGGUAAAAAAUAUAAUUGUAUAUAGCUUAGCACAAUAGGAAAAAUAACUCACAAUCAUAAAUAAUUGCUGGGUGACGCCCGAUCCCACAAUCUCUACUUUUGGCAAAAAUACAAUGGAACUAUAGUGCUAAAAACAGAGAGACUCUCAGACUGAAUUAAAUUAAAUAAAAAUCACAUUCUCUUCCAUUCACCUAACAAACAUAUUGUAAGCAAAAUCACAAAAUAAAAAAUUACUAACCAACAAGGGAACGACAAAAAAAAAAGCAAAUGCAAACAUUAAGCUGAAUAUUAUGAAGAGGCAGAUCACCAUUUAAAAAAAAAAUAAAAUAAAAAAAUAACAUUUUGGCAAUGUUUUGCUUUAUCAAAGGUAGACAGUUGUCAAAAUGUUGGGCUGUAUUCACAGUGAUUGCACCUCCACAAUAUUUUUAUGUUUGCUUUAUGAUAUUAUAAUUUUGAUAUAGAACAUGCUUCUUGCAUGUAUGAAACAUGAUGUAGAAAGUGAAAUGCUAAAUGCUUCUGAAAAGGAAAGAAUAAAAAAAAACAGUUUGAUACAAAAGGUAAUGCACAAAUUAGAGGGGUGACAUGACUGGUAGAUAGAUGACUUAGGUGAAUUGAUGUUGGUGAAGUGCAGGGGUCCUCAAACUCCGCCCCCCCAGAUGUUGCUGAACUACAACUUCCAUGAUUCUUUGAAUUACAUAGAUAGCCAGAGAAUCAUGGGAGUUGUAGUUCAGCAACAUCUGGGGGGCCGGAGUUUGAGGACCCCUGGUGAAGUGAAUAAUAAUUUUGUGCAAGGUUUGUGAGUUGGAAUAAAUAAUUAAAGCAGAUAUUUUUCUAGGAACUAUCAAAUACUAGAAAUAAUCUGGAAAAAAACAACUCCAAGUUCAAAAAUUGCUCCUAAACGUGCUAAGCUAUCUUUGAAUUUAAAUGAAUCAGAUAUGGCACGUAGCUUGUAACUUGUUUAUGGAAUUAUUUUCUAGGGCGUGAAAGAGAGUUUCAGAUGUGACGCAUUUUGGGACUUGGAUGUGACUUGAUGCACGUACCAGAAUUUGCCAUAUCUUAUCAGUACCUAGUCGUGUGGGAUGGAGGACAAAAGUAAACCAUGACAAAGCAACUUCUACUAGGCGUGACGUGGCUUGUUUUCUUAUAAAAAUCAGGGGGGUAACACUUGUUUUUCAGAGCUUGUACUUCUCACCUGAAGCUUGAGCUACUCAACCAUCUAACAGCCACCAUGGUUCACUGGACAGCCGGAGAGAGGGCCACAAUCACCUCUGUGUUUGGCAAAGUUGAUCUGGAACAUGAUGGUGGAGAUGCUCUUGGAAGGUAAGAAAAAAUGAUUGCAUGACAAUUUGUAUUUUGACCACCUUAUGACAAAUGACAUGCUGGGAAUUGUCAUGAUAUCAUACGAUAUGCUAACCCUUUGAACUGAAGGUAUUAAAGAAGAAACAUUUAUAUUUAUGCUAAAAUAUAAAUAUGGUGCGGGUUGAACGGAUUGCAAAUGGAACCUACACUGCGUGGGCUUUUAAAGUUAUGCUUAUGCUGUUUACAAUUAAUGUCUGGGGUUGCAUUAUGUUUAUCUGUAAUGGCAGAUUGUAAUAUAACCUGUUCAUUUAAAAAAAAUAAAAAAAAAUAGUUUGGACAUUUAUAAAUUUGUACCAUCUAAAACCUAUCGAAGUUAAGGAUUCCCAGAAUAAAGACCAGUAGUGUAGCUAUUCAAUGAUCUUUCAAAGUGUGGUGGAUUCUUUUUCUAUUACAUAUAUCACUGUCUUUGUUAAACACCCUUGUGAUACAAAUGUAUUAUACAAUACUAAGUCAAAUCAUUCCCUCAGGAAGGUUUUAUUGUAUUCAUAUAACUUUGUUUUCUUAUUUUGUUAACUAGGCUGCUCGUGGUCUACCCCUGGACCCAGAGGUAUUUCAGUUCUUUCGGAAGCCUGUCCAACCCAUCCUCAAAUGCCAAGGUACAGGCCCACGGCAAGAAGGUCCUGGGAGCUCUUAACAACGCAUCCCACCACUUGGAUGACAUUAAGGGCACCUUUCAUCAACUCAGUGACGACCAUGCCAACAAACUGCAUGUGGAUCCAAGAACUUCAGGGUAUAUAUUUAUUUAUUUAUUAUUACUCUUGUUAUGUUUUGUCUUUGUUUUUGUCUAGUGUUUUCCUUUCAAUACUACGAAAAUCUCAGAUAAGGAGAAGCCAUGGCUAGUAACGAUAACAGUGUCAGAAACACACUUGUUUGUUCCAAAAAAAGUUUUAAAGUUUUUAACAACGCAUGCUUUAAUUAUUGGAGUUAUUUUUGAAAAUGAUUAAUCUAUAUUUAACAAUGGUUGUAUGAAACAAAGUACUGUUUUAUGACGGUAGAAAUGACUUUUAUCAAAAGUGAAAUCCGUAAAAAAUCUUUUAAACAAACAGUCGUGUUUCCUCUCUCUUAUUGAAAACUAUUAUACCGAAACAACCUAACGCUUGAUUAGCAAGAUACUGGGUUAAUCUAAUAUGUAUCUGUGUUUAAAUUGGGGGUAUUUAUUCUAAAUUGCACAUAUAAUAACUAUGUUUAUUGUCACUUUUUCAAGUUAAAUUCCAUAUGGUAAUUCUAAUCAUUCAAGAUUUAAAAACCCUUUGAGGACCAAGGGACGUAUUUGUCCGAUGUUUUUAAUUGCCUGUAUCAUCUGAUUGAGAACUUAAAAUAAUUUUAUUUUUUUGGUUUGAUUUAAGAUAUUAGUUCUUAUCAACAAAUGGAUCUAGCUUUUUGCCAGUUAUUACACGAAAUGGCUUAGUUACAGCAACUGAAGUGUACGAACUUAAAAACUUGGCGUUCCAUAAAAAGUGACCUAAAUAGUCAGAUGUUAUUGGAGAAUUUGACUCAAUUGAUUAUGAACUUCUUUAGAAUUCAUUGUAAAAUACAUUUAAAGUUCCAGAAACAGACAAUGCUUGCAACCUUGUCUCCCUUGAGGACCAUAGGGACACAUUUGUCCCGUGUCAUAAUUCCUCCCACAAAAAUGUGGAAAUGGUUUUAUUUAUUUUUCAAAAACAUUCUUAAAGGGAAAAAAAUAUAAUUAUUUUCAUAUUGAUGACGGUAAUCUUAUAGUCCUCAAAGGGUUAAUAACAUUCGGUAAACCUAAUUUAAUGUCUGAUAUUUUCUCUAUUUGUGGAAUAGAUAAAUAGGAAAAAGAUUGUCAGAAGAAUUAACAUUCAUUUGUUGCAGCAGGGAAUGCAAGUGGUUGCAUACAGCAUGGAUGCCAAAGGAAUAGCUGAUAUUAACUUAUUUUACUUCUGAAGCAUAUUAAUGCUGUAUAUGGUUGGUAGUAAAUGACCUCUAGAUCUGUUUUUCCUAACCCAGUCCACAAGGCACACCCAAUAUAGGUUUUAUAGUCCAAUAGGAAAAGAAUUGGAAAUGCCAAAAUCAUAAACUGUUGAUUCACCUUGAAGACUGGGUGCUUUACACCUUCAGACCUGCUAUUGUUUGAUUGUCUGGUUUUUAAUAUAUGAAUAAACUGUAUCACUUCAAAGAAAUAUUAAUGGCUUGUUUACUUCUAUUUGCAGCGUUUCACUGAAGUGUUCGUGAUUGUCCUGGCUACUAAACUAGGAUCUGCUUUCACUCCUGCAGUCCAGGGCGCAGUCGAGAAAUUCUUUGCAGUCUCUGUGCAUGCCCUCAGCCACGGCUACCACUAAAUGACUUGUACCAGCACCAAAAACUGCACGUCAAGAAAGAAAAAAGUCAAAUAAAAUUUGAUUUUAAAUAAAUCUUACUUUUGCAGUUACUCUUUUAACUAUUAUUACAUGUACCUUCUUUAAAAUCUUACAUAUCUAUCUGGGGUGGCAAUAAGAAGCUCUCAAGCUACUGCUGAAAAGGCAUCACUUAUCUUUGUAAGGUGUAACAUGGUGUAAGGUGUAACCUGCUCGGACACAUCAUUGGCGAGGUUAUUGUUCAAAACUAACUUGAGCGCUUCAUGUUGUUUUUCCUUGCUCUGAGUUAAAGGUACACUUCAAAACUUUAAAGAAACCAGCGCUUAUAGAUUCAAUCAAUAAUAAACCAUAUGAAAAAUAGAUUAAAUACAGCUGCUAAAACAUUCCAAUGACCCCUUCCAAUGUCACACACAAAAAACAAUACAAAAUAUAUGAAUGUAGCGCUUAUUAGAAAAAAGAAAUAGUAAAUCACCUUUUAAGAUGGCUUAAAUGAAGGUAAUUCGAGUAUCUCAAUUAAAUAUCUGUAAAAGACAAUUUAACAUAGUGCAAAUCAUACAAUAAAAUUGAUAAAAACGAACUGCUAAUAUUUAAACUCAGAGACGUGGAGCUGUGGGCCAAUGCGUCUUUGGAUCCGUUUAGGCGAUCCACCCCUACUAUUGAUGUAUUUUCCUUUGAUUCUACAAAACACAACAAGGGGUACCACCAAUUGCGCAGUAUCGUUUAAAUAUAUAAAUAUGGAAGUAUAAAAUUUCGAGAAUCAAUACUCACAAUGAUGGAGUCAUAGAAAUAUGACUCAAUUAACCCGCAUUGUGCAGAUCAAGAACUGCACUCCUUCUUUGAUGCAAAAUAAAAACUGGAACCGAUUUCUUUUAAAAUAAAAAUGAACAAUUUUAACAAUUUUAUUCACUAUACAUAUAAGAUUAAUUGCUUAUAUCAGCUAUAAAAAACAGGAACGCGUUUCGCCAAUUUCAAUAAAAAUGAUAAAUGUCUCUGGGUUCCCUUCGUCGGUUUAAAUCCCCUCAAAUCGUCAGGGAAAGUGCUCAGUACAGUCCGUCAUCACACGCUGGUGCCGCCCACCAGCACAGCGUGUGCGGUCCAUGCCUCUUUUUCAUUACGGUACCCAAAGGUACCGGGAUGCUGUCCUCCCGAUCAUUUUCUCUAUAACGGGUGGUAAUAUCCUGCUCCCAUUUCGUUAAUCCAAUUAGCUUUAUAGCUUCAAAAUUUACCUUGUAAGAUUUAUUCUUCAUUCGGAAAAUCAAUAUCAUAAAAAUAAAAGAAGAAAGCGCAGUAUCAGUCCAUGGUAUAACAUAAGCGCUUAUAAAAUCAAAAGAUAUCGUAAAAACAAUAAAUUCGCACUUUCACUUAUUUAAAAGGUAAUAAAAUGCAGAUCUUUUGUGAACUCUGAAUUUGGUAUCCCAGGGUUAUGUUUACAUAUUGCCACAUUGCUGUUACAAAAAAUACAUUCUUAGAAGGUAAUUGUAUCCAGUCCCAUUAAACAUUACUUGUUAUAUUACUGCAAUUAGAUCAUUAUUUCAAAUUGAUUCAUAAUACAUUUUAAUUCAAUUACUUUUCUUUAUGGAGGAUAAUAAUAUUAUUAAAAGUAAUGAUAUUAUAAAAAUGACGUAGACUAAACUUAAAGUUGUACAUCCCUUCUUAAUAUUGCAAAUUUUUAUUCCAGGUGCAAACUAAAAAUAAUUCUUUUAUAUAGGUAAUAUCACUAAAAAUAAAAACAUUAUAAAAAAUGACAUAAUACAAAAUAAUAUUACUAAAAAUAAGAACAUUAUAAAAAAUUACAUAAUUCAGAAUCGGAAUUGAGGCCAUAAGGGAUUAGAGUGUUCCAUUUGUAAAUCCACUCCAUCUCUCGUUUCCCCAAAUCCUUUAUAAAAUCCCCACCUCUCCAAUUUUUUUGCACCUUGUCUAUACCACAGAAGGUUAAACCCUCUGGGUUCUGGUCAUGAUACAGUUUAAAAUGACUAGACACACUGUGUUGUUCAUAGCCUGUUUGUAUUUUAUGUAUAUGUUCCCUAAUUCUGACAUGUAAGGGUCUAGUUGUUCUCCCCACAUAAUUUAACCCACAGGGACAAGUCAGAAGAUAGAUCACAUUUUUAGAGUAACAAGUUAUAAAUUGUUUUAUUUGAGUUUUAACUGCUCCAUUUAGGUCAAUAUCUCCAAUUUUUCUCCGAGUACACCCUGACUUCUUACACACCGCACAUUUCCACAGCCAAAGAAGCCUUUUUCAUUAUUAAAUAUAGUGGGGGAGGUUUUGACUUCCUUCAAUGAGCUUUUUACAAGAGUGUUCUUAAAGUUUUUAGCACCCCUAUAUACCAGGGAAGGAUUUGUUUCAAAACAGGAUCUUGUAAUAGUAUUGGCCAGUAUUUUCUGAUAAUUUGAUUGAUUUGAUAAUUAUGGGAAUUAUAAUUACAAACAAAUAGUACAACUUGUCCAUCUGUGGUUACCUUGUUCUUAUAAGAUAACAGUUCUUUUCUCUCUCUAUUUCUCACUUAAUUUCUUGAAUUCUCUAGUUUAUGGAUAUCAUAACCCUUGGCUAGGAAAUCCGCUUUUAUGUGUUGAGACUGUUCAUCAUAGACACUAAGGUCACUGCAAUUGCGUCUAAUCCUCAAGAACUGCCCCUUCGGUGCAUUCUCUAGCCAGGGGAAGUGAUGGCAACUUGCCCUCUCUAUAAAGCUGUUGCAAUCUACUUUCUUAAAGUGAUUCCUCGUUUUGAUGUUUCCUUCUUCCACAAAAAUAUCUAGGUCCAAGAAUGUAACCAAAUUUUUACUCCAUAUACUACUAAGUUUAAUACCCCAAUCGUUGGUGUUUAAAAAUUCAAGAAAUAUAAUCAAAUCCUUCUCUUCACCUCUCCAGAUGAGCAAUAUGUCAUCUAUGUAGCGGCCAUAGAAGACCAAGUUCUCCACCCAGCCAUGUCCAUCAUAGAUAAAAAAACUUCUCCCAAAAUGACAUAAAUAAGUUGGCGUAGCUGGGGGCAAACUUGGUCCCCAUGGCCAUCCCAUUCAUCUGUAGAAAGAAGGUAUCAUCAUACCAAAAGAAGUUGUUCUUUAAAAUCAGCUCUAUCCCUUCUAUAAUGUACUCAAUUUGUUCUGGUUUGAAUUCCUUCGAUUCUGUCAGAAAUAUAUACAUAUAAAUUAUAAAACCGGCUGAUAAGGCAGGAGGAAUAGUCUUAAUGUUGAGGCAAUUUUAUGACAUAGAAGCAAAGAAUAUUUUAAAAGACACCAACACAUACCAACAACUUAAAACAAACCCGAGUGAAAGUAUUUAUGCAUCUUUUUUAAGAUUUUUUGAGAAAGGAUUCCAGAAUAAUAUCUUGAGUUCAAAAGAAUUUCAAUUCCUGAAUAUCAAAUUUCUGAAGAUCCCAGUGUUUUAUUUUUUGCCCAAAGUCCACAAGGAUGAGAGGAAGCCCCCUGGGAGACCAAUUAUAGCAGGGAUAGAUUCUAUCCCCAGUAGAUUGUCCCAGUACAUAGAUGUACAACUGCAACCAUUGGUUUUAAAUACAAAAUCACAUAUUAAAGACACAAUUACAGUAUUGAAUAGGUUAGAGAAUAUAACUUGGGAUGAAAAUUGCAUCCUAGUGACAUGUGAUGUGGCAGCACUCUACAGCAAUAUUCCACACUCUUAUGGCUGUAGAGCAGCAAGAUAUUUUCUAACAGAAUUGAAGGAAUUCAAACCAGAACAAAUUGAGUACAUUAUAGAAGGAAUAGAGCUGAUUUUAAUGUAUUUAAAUGUUUCUAUCAUAUCCCCCCUGUCUCGUCUUUCCUCCAAGCUAUACAUGUUAAGAUCCUUUAACCUUUCCUGGUAAGUUUUAUCCCGCAAUCCAUACACCUCAUUAUCUAUGGUUCCAUAUAACUCCCAUCACUCUCAGACACACUUUGCCUGGCAAUCAGUCUCCAGAGUUUCAGAAAAUGGCAUAUUUAAGACAGAUGUACCGUAAACCAAAGUCCCCCUAAUUGUUAAAUAUCUCUAAAUUCCCAAACCAAACACAAAACCGAACCCUAUUGCGUGGGUUGUACUGACAUCAGUGGCGAGAUUUCCCCGCUUCGAGUGCUCUGUUCUCUGUAAUCACAGCAUUAGAGAGAGAACUGUCAAUCACACAUGCAAUCACUAUCUCUUCAGAACCUUUAGAUCUCCUUUUAACACAGACCAGGAUUAACCAUAGGGUGGCCCUAGGCAUCUGCUUAGGGCCCAGAAGUUAGACAGGGGCCGCAGAAACAUCCAAUGAGCCAGACCUGCACUUGCUUAUGGAGGUUCCUGGCAGGCGCUUAUGCCUACAGACGAGGUGGCGACGGGCAACUGGCAGAUCCCAAGUAAGCUGUUAAACUGUUCUUAAACAGUUUGGCUACUUACUGUUCAAGGGGUCACAGGGAACUCCUGGCACCAUAACUACUUCAUGCUUUGUCCAUCUCCCCAUACUCUCCCUUCCCCCACUUGUGUCCCUAUGCAUAAAGCCUCCCCUUUAACUUGUGUCCCUUCGUGUAUAUUUCCCUUUCUCCGAUGCAUCCUUCUGUCCAUAGCCCACUGGCCCCACUUGUGUAUUUCUGUACAUAUCCAUUUCCCAUAAUUGUGUCUUCCUGUCCACCUCCCCUUUUUCCAUCUUGAGUCCAUCUGCCCAUGUUCCCUUCCUGUACUUUUGUACCCCUGUCCAUAGACCUGCCAUCUGCAUGAGGUUGUCUAUGCCCACCUGUGUCCCAUGCAGGACCCUUUUUCCCCCUUUGGUCCCUCUGUUUAUAUCCACUUCGCUCUUUCUAUCACAGCUCUCCUUUUUCUCCUCCUACCUUAUCAGUGGUUGCUGAGUGGCAUGGAAGUUGAAUUCCUAGGAGUGAGCAUGCUCUAUCAGGAUUCUGUGAAGCACCGAUUGCUGUGCCAUGUCUCCUCUCUCUCUUCUGGUAAUCACAUCCCUUGCAUUUAACUGAAUAGUCCUAAAAUAGUGCACUCAAAGUCUCCAUGCAAUAUGAAUAAUAUUGCAACAAUAUAAUAAAAUUGCAGCUCCACAUUAUUAUUAAUUAGCUAUAUAUAGGAUGAAAAAAGCCUUGUGUCAAUCAAAUUCAGCCUUUCAAACCUGACAUGGGUUACCUGACAUGGGUACCUGCUUGGCAUGGAGUCCCAAUAGGAGCUCUUGCCCUGGUGCUUACCCCCACGGAUUAGAUAGAUAGACUUGACAUGGUUCCUAAAUACAUAAAAAUGCAAUGCACCAUAAUAAAUAAAGAGUAAGAAAUGCAGCUAUGGUUUUUGACUGAGAUGUUAAGGACCUGAGAUAUGAGCAAAUGCAAUGUUCUCUAAAUUCCAUAGGAAUGCAAAAAUGUCUGAAAACAGACUAGUUAAGGACCCUCUAGUUGUCAAAGGAUAUAAUGGGAAGUCAAACACCUACUGUAGAGCUAAAAUUAAGUGGAAGGGGAGCUCAGAAUAGGUGUGUGCAGCUCAUUUCAAUAGGGGGUGCACCCAAGAAUUUCUUCAGGAUGGAUUGGGUGGUCUUUGGAAAGAGGACAGGCUUGUGCAUGUCAGCCUGGCAUGAAUGCACUUCCAGCUGGCACCACACCCCACAGACCAAGAACCACUAAUGUAUGAUCUGGAACAUCCCCCCCCACAUAUCUGCAGGUGUCACUCCACUAUAGGUGAUGGCUGAGCAGAGCACUCACUGUCAAUGCGACAAGUGGCGUAGUGUGGGCGUGGACACAGGGGCGGUUGCUUGAGGUACAAAAUUGUUAGGGGUGCAAAAAAAAAAGUGCAAUAAUAAAUAAAAAAACUAGUGUGCCCCCCCCCCACACACACACAGAAAAUCUUCCAAAGUUUGAACAUUCUACACAGUUUUUCAACAUGACGAGGGAAAUAAACGUAGCCACAUAACAGUUUACAGUAUUUGUCUUGCAAGUUACUGCCAUACUGUCCUCAUAUAACCCUUAUCAUACUGUUACGCUGGUAAUGGGUGUGUAGAUAGUCUCUCUUCUACUUCCCUACACGCCUUGUCUCCGUGAUAUGCAUGACACUGAGAGUUACCUCAUUUUAUAAAACCACAUUCUUAUUUUAGGAAUGAGGUGGAUUUUAAGAAUUACGCAAUGCAAUGUGUGACACACAUCACUGAGAGAAGUUGGGAAGGAAAGGAGGAGAGAGGAUGUCUAAAUACAAGUUAAAGGACUCUGGGAGUGCUAGCAGUCCACCGACUAGUGAGUGCAAUACUUGCCUUACCAUGGUGCUGGCAACCCACGUUACGCCACUAAAGACAACUCCUAAACACAGAUUACUGGGAUGGGGAAGCCACAACAGAGCAUUUAGUCUGUGUUAGGAAGGAGUGUGCCCCACCCACUGCAAGUUCCGCACACGGGAAGAAUACUGCCCAGAGAACAGUAUGUCUGCCUCAUAGAUAAAUAGUUUGCUUGGUGCCAGUCAAAUUGAUUGGAACAAUGCUGAGGAAAAAUAUCAGGCGGCGCAGGUUCUGUCAGGGAGGUCUUUUAAUUUCCCUGCCUGCUUGUGCAACAUCUGGCCCUCCAGUUAGCAGUAUAUGCUAUACAAAUUAAAUAAUGGCUUUGUAAGGGGGCCAAAUGGAAACAAGGCAGUGUGCAGGGGAACCAUGACCCCCAAAUACCCCCAAUAGCAAUGCCACCAAUGUUAAGGGAGUAGAAUAGUUAACAAUGUCUGCAAUAUCAUUACAAGUUACAAGUAAUUACUUAGUAAUGUCUGCAAUAUCAUUACAAGGUACAAGUAAUUAGUGAUUGUGUAGAAGCUAACGAGACAUGACUAGUCUCCUUUGUAAGCAGUGUUAGUGGAAUAGUGAUUGUGGCGCAGUCAGCCUCGCCACUGGGCAUUGGAGAAGACUGAUUGCCAGCCUCCUGCCCUGUGACUAUGGCCCCAUGUUGAAAUGCUUGAUUUUCCCCUGCAAAGACACGAAAGCCGGGUCAUUCGGUACUUGCCCUAUUUGAACAGUGAUACCCCAGAUAGCUAUGCCAUGGAGCCCAUUGUAUAACAAAAGACUAUGUGAAAGACUUUACUCCAUGGAAAUUGAACUGUAUGUAUGUGAUCUGAGAGCCAUUCAGUAAUAAUGUGCGCUCAGAUCUAAGAUAUCUGGGGAUAUGUUGAAUGUACCUGUUUUAUGCAAUAGCUGCACAGUUAUAUAUUUUUAUGUAUUUUAUUGUCUUUUGCUUCCAUGUGUUCAAUGGAGUUUUGCCUCUGUCCUUGAAGAUAAUUGGAUUACUUCCCAAUUAUCUCCAGGAUAGAGGAUUCUGUGGAACUGGUUUGGGCUGGAAAAGCCAUGCUUCAGUGGUCACAAAGGACUUUCGACCUAACUUUUGAACCACUGGACCAAUUUGAAUGAUUUUUGAGUAUAUUUAUAUUUGAAGGACGCUUACAAAUAUGUAACUUUUAAUAAUAUUGCAUGCAUACUUUUAAAGUUAUAAGAAUUGUGUAAAAACUGUAUAUUUUCUGCCUGUGCUAAUUAAGUUAGUCUAUUGUCUUGAGAUAAUUGUAUCACAGGCAGAGGGGGGAUUUCUGCUGGGAGUAGUUUACUUUAUUGUAUGUGUUUUAAUGUUUUUAUUGGUUGUUCUGAAAAACCCUGUGGGCGGUCCUGUAUGUGUUAAACCUGCAUAAAAGAAGGCCCUUUGGUGCCAAGUAAAACAGUUCUACUUCACCCUCAAUUUAGAGUGCUGUCUCUUAUUGGGGGAAUCUGCUACAAGGGAUUGCUAUGCUCUGCAUAUUCCCUUGCUAUAAUCACUCCUAAGCUUUUUUAAGAGCUUGUUCCUGCCUUGCUCUCUGGAGGAGUCUACGGUGGUUAUGGUGUCUGCUGCAGUGCUUGGUUUACUCAGGAAGCGCUAGGAGCAUCCUUCAACGGAGUUACCCAGUCGGGGUGCCCGUCAAUCCGCUACAGUGAUCAUAUAAGAAUUAUACCAGUUAUGUCCUAUAAAGAACCAAAGUGUGUGAAAUUUAAAGAAACAUAGUUGCCAGUCUAAAUUAAGACCAAUUUACUAGGAAAAUUAUUAUUUAUUUAUUUAUAAAAUAUUUUACCAAGAAGGAUACAUUGAGAUUUCUCUUGUUUUCAAGUAUGUCCUGGGUCCACAAAACAUUGUAUUGUUACAAAAUACAAAAACAAUAUUAAUACACAAUGUAUACAAAAUUUAACACAGAACAGGUAAGAAAUAUAUAAUCAACCAUGACAUGUGCAUUCUGUUUUGAGAUAUGUAGAGGGGGACUUUAGGCUUGGGGAAGAUUUGAAAGUGUUCGGGAGGUCGUUCCAUAUUUGUGGUGCUCUGUAGGAAAAGAAGGAUCAGGCUGCUUUCUUUUUGAAUUGAGGUAGACUAAAUAAAGUGCUGGUACUGGAUCGGAGGUUAUAGGAGGUGGGAACAGCCGGGGAGAGCAUUCUGCUCAGGUAGGGUGGGAGCUUCCCAGAAAAGCUCACAAGGCUGGAAAGAUGAAGGGUGCGUCUGGAUUCCAGCGACAGCCAGUUUAGUUCAUUUAGCAUGUCACAAUGGUGGGUCAUGUAAUUACAUUGUCAUAUAUGUGAUGGAAGUGCACUCAUCCCUUCGUCUUGGAAUCCUGGGUGCUAUGCUGGACAAGUCCCAGUACCAAAGAUGACCAAAUGUGGAAUUUGAAUAUGAAAAUAAUCCAGGCAUUUCAAUGAAUUCCAAACAAGACAAUUUUAUUUGAACCACAGAACAAAAAGCAACGUUUCAACCCCUUAGGGUCUUUAUCAAGCUACUAAAGCACAUCAAUCACAAACAAUAUAUAGGUGUAUGUGACUAAAUUACAAGUGAUAAAACAGGUGAAAUAACUAUCAUUAAUUUUAAAUAUAUUGAUCAAAACAUAAAAAAAGAAUUGUCUCUCCAAUCAUUUACUUACAUAUUGAGGAUGUCAGAUCACACAAGCAAAUUCAGCCAAUAGUGUACAAAUGAGAUAAUUAUUUAAUCUAAUCAUUUAAUUGUAAGCAAGGUGUUUCGAGUUGUUUUUAAAUUAAAAUAGAUUAAAUUAUAUAUAAACAGCACUAAAGUAAAGCUCCUUACUUACAUUUCCGGACGAAAUGGGAUGUGUCCGAUCACGUGACCACGUACGGUGUCUCGGACGUCUCAAGUCACAUGAUUGGAUAUGCUUGAAUUCACACAAGCAUCUCAGUACGCAUACGUGAACUAACAAAUCUAUAGUGCACAUGCGCAACGCUGCGCACGUGCAACACAACAUAUCUCCGAAAUUAGAACAGACAGUGCACAUGCGUGGUAUAGCGUAGGCGCAAAACAAUUUCAAUAUCAAUGCCUACAUAGCAUCAUAGAAAUUAUUGCAAUAUUGGGUAUUUAAAGACAUAUGUAGAAACAUAUAAGGCUGGUUUUAAUCUUGUUGAGAUGUCUUGUUGACAAACCCAAUCCUAGAUCACACAUAACCAAACAUAAUGACAUAUAACAUUAUAUUCAAUAACAAUUGCAUGAUUCUAGUACUUGUCUAUCCCUUAUCUAACCAAGGCUGACAUAAUGAACACAUAAAAAAAUAAAAACAGUCUCCAUAUUUUAUUAACAUAAUAAAAAUAAAAAAAAUAAAAAAGAAUUUUUAGAAAAAAUUAUAAAGUGAAAAUGAAUACAUUGUACAGUGACAAAUAGAAAUAAUUUAUAAAGAUUAUUAGAAUUUACAUCUGCUGUGAAGUGUUUAAUGCAGAGUGUCAUAUACAUAGUGUAUAUGGUGUAUAACCCAAAUAACUCAUGUGUAUGUGUAAUAAAAUGUGCAAAUGAUUGCAUACAAUUGGCUAAUUAGUUACAAUCUGAUGAAAAAAGAAAGAAAAAUUCAGGACCAAAUCCAAAAGAUAUAUAAUCCCCAAUCUUCCAUCCAAAUAUGUCAUACCAUGGCAAUAAAUCCAAUCCAACAAAAAUACCAUUGGCCAUAAAGUUACUAAAUCUCAUAUUUGAGGCUAUCAACCUGAUUAAAAGGGACAAAAAAAAAAAACGUUCUCUAUUCAUUUAAACCCCAAUUAUUGAAAUAACACUAAUUAAUUUUGUAUGUAAAUGUUAAUAUAAUUCAUCAAAAAAAUUCUAAAUAUCUUAAUCAAUUAAUUUCACACACAAAAAACAUAUUACAAAUCCAAAGAUAAAUCAUUAUAUAUAAUACUUAAUGUCUAUGUAACAUAUUAUCUACAAUUAUAGUCAGCAUUUACAUAACACAUUUUGUGCCAUUUAAAUACAAUAUAUCUCCAUGAAAUCUAUUGUACAAAUCUAAGGGAAAACAAGGCAUAGAAAAUCACAAUUAUCAACAAUUCAAAAUCCAAUGUUUGGAACUGUGAUAUGAUCGAAAGGAAAUUAUUUUAUGACUAUGAGAGACAAUUAAAAAUGUGCUCAAUAGAGUGUUAUCCAGCAUAAUCAUCACAGAUCUGUGAAAAUGAUCUGUAAGACAUAAUGAUAAAGAUUAAUUAAAAACAUUUUAAAACAAUAAAGGUAAACUUUGACUUAAAUAAACGGAUUGAGGUCAUACUCUUGAUUGAGUCACCUAGGUGUUAGGGAAUCCAAUUCCCUAAUCCAAAAUGCUUCUCUAAAUAGUAAUCUUUUUAAUCUAUCUCUCCUUCUUGCGUUUUCCUCUACAUGUUCUAUUAUUUGAAAUUCAAGUUGAGUUAUAUCGUGUUUUGCUUCUAAAAAAAUGCAAUGGAAUAGGUAAUUCAAGCAUUUUAGUUCUAAUAGAAGACUUGUGUUUUGAAAAUCUCUCUUUCAUUUUUUGAGUAGUUUGACCUACAUAGAUCAAACCACACGGACAUUUUAAGAUAUAUAUAACGUGUGUGGUAUCACAUGUUACAAAUUGUCUAAUCAUAUAUUUAUUACCCUUGUAAGGAUGAACAAAUAUAGAGCCCUUUAUCAUGGAGUUGCAACAUAUGCAAUUAUGGCAUGGAAAAUUACCAUUUCUUUUAGAGUUUAAUUUAGAUUUCAAUGGGGAAGAAAGUUUGGCUUUUACUAGUCUAUCCCUCAAAGAGGGAGCACGUUUGUGUACCAUCAAAGGUUUGUUUUUAAAUUCGACGAUACUAGGGUGACAAUUCGAUAAUAUAUGCCAAUGUUUAUCUAUAGUUCGUUUUAAACCAGAAGACAAUGUACUAUAUCUAGGUACAAGUUUUAUUCUAUCUUUUGUUUUCACUUCUUUAAAUGAAAUUUCAUCAUGUUUUCCUUCUUUAUUAUUUAGGUAUCUUAAUUAAGUUUUUAAGGUGGAUAAAGGAUAUCCUCUCUCACAAAAUCUAUUGGUCAUAGAUUUCAACUCUUGAUCUACCAAUUCUGUUUUAGAGACUAAUCGCUUCACCCUCAUAAAUUGACUCCUAGUAAUGGAUUUAAACAUGGAAACCGGGUGAAAACUAUCAUAAUGUAAUAGGGUAUUCCUAUCCAAUGGUUUUUCUAUAAAGAUUUGUCUUGAAUUUACCAUUGCUCUUAAAGAUCAAAAUAUCCAAAAAGGCAAUGGAACAUUGAUCCAUUUCCAUUGUAAAUUUGAGACUGUUGGAACAAUUGUUGAGAAAUUGAAAGAAUUUCUCGAGGGGUUCCAAUGGGCCACACCACAAUGCCAGCACAUCAUCAAUGUAACGCCACCAUUUUACAAUGUAUUUUUUAUAUAGCUCAUUUUGAUGUAUGACGUUUUCUUCCAAUUUGGCCAUAUAUAUGCCGGCAUAUGUGGGGGCCACAUUGGAACCCAUCGAAGUCCCCUUGGUUUGAAUAAAGAACUCAUCUCUAAACGAGAAAUAAUUUUGUCAUCACCAACUUAAGUAAUUGUAUCAAAAAUGAUAAAUAAGGAUCUUUAAAUCCCAAUUGUUCAAAAGCUUCAACCAUUGCUGCUAUGCCUUCAUCGUGGGGGAUAGAGGUAUACAAACUAUUGACGUCAAAAGUCACUAGCGUUAUAUUUUGUACAUUUUCAAUAGUUUUAACUUUAUCAAGUACCUCAAAAGUGUCUUUAACAUGAGAUUUUAUUUGGUUUAAAAAGGGUCUUGAUAUUUGAUCCAGAAAAGGGUCCAUCUUGUCCCCACUUGCAAAAUUUCUGGAUCAAAUAUCAAGACCCUUUUUAAAACAAAUAAAAUUUCAUGUUAAAGACACUUUUGAGGUACUUGAUAAACUUAAAACUAUUAAAAAUGUACAAAAUAUAACGCUAGUGAAUUUUGACGUCAAUAGUUUGUAUACCUCUAUCCUUGAAUGCUUGAAUUACCCAUUCCAUUGCAUUUUUUAGAAGCAAAACACGAUAUAACUCAACUUAAAUUUCAAAUUAUAUAACAUGUAGAGGAAAACGCUCGAUGGAGAGAUAGAUUAAAAAGAUUACUAUUUAGAGAAGCAUUUUGGAUUAGGGAAUUGAAUUCCCUAACACCUAGGGGACUCAAUCAAGAGUAUGACCUCAAUCCAUUUAUGUAAGUCAAAGUUUACCUUUAUUGUUUUUAAUUUAUUUUUUUAUUAAUCUUUAUCAUUAUAUCUUACAGAUCAUUUUCACAGAUCUGUGAUGAUUAUGCUGGAUAACACUCUUUUGAGCACAUUUUUAAUUGUCUCUCAUAGUCAUAAAAUAAUUUCCUUUCGAUCAUAUCACAGUUCCAAACAUUGGAUUUUGAAUUGUUGAUAAUUGUGAUUUUCUAUGCCUUGUUUUCCCUUAGAUUUGUACAAUAGAUUUCAUGGAGAUAUAUUGUAUUUAAAUGGCACAAAAUGUGUUAUGUAAAUGCUGACUAUAAUUGUAGAUAAUAUGUUACAUAGACAUUAAGUAUUAUAUAUAAUGAUUUAUCAUUGGAUUUGUAAUAUGAUUUUUGUGUGUGACAUUAAUUGAUUAUGAUAUUUAGACUUUUUUUGAUGAAUUAUAUUAGCAUUUACAUACAAAAUUAAUUAGUGUUAUUUCAAUAAUUGGGGUUUAAAUGAAUAGAGAACAUAGAUUUAUUUGUCCCUUUUAAUCAGGUUGAUAGCCUCAAAUAUGAGAUUUAGUAACUUUAUGGCCAAUGGUAUUUUUGUUGGAGUGGAUUUAUUGCCGUGGUAUGACAUAUUUGGAUGGAAGAUUGGGGAUUAUAUCUCUUUUGGAUUUGGUCCUGAAUUUUUCUUUCUUUUUUCAUCAAAUUGUGACUAAUUAGCCAAUUGCUUGCAAUCAUUUGCACAUUUUAUUACACAUACACAUGAGUUAUUUGGGUUAUACACUAUAUACACUAUAUAUAUGACUCUCUGCAUUAAACACUUCACAGCAGAUGUAAAUUCUAAUAAUCUUUAUAAAUUAUUUCUAUUUUUCACUGUACAAUGAAUUUAUUUUCACUUUCUAAUUUUUUCUAAAAAUUUUUAAUAUAUUUUUUAUUAUGUUAAUGAAAUAUGGAGACUGUUUUUAUUUUUUUAUGUGUUCAUUAUGUCAGCCUUGGUUAGAUAAGGGAUAGACAAGUACUAGAAUCAUGCAAUUGUUAUUGAAUAUAAUGUUAUAUGUCAUUAUGUUUGGUUAUGUGUGAUCUAGGAUUGGGUUUGUCACAUCUCAGCAAGAUUAAAAUCAGCCUUAUAUGUUUCUACAUAUGUCUUUAAAUACCCAAUAUUGCAAUCAAUUCUAUGAUGCUAUGUAGGCAUUGAUAUUGUGAUCAGUGUCCUGGAUGAGAAGAUAUUAUGUUUAUAUCUAUACUGAGAUACUAGUACAGGGAUUGUCUACUGGAAAGUAUAUCUACAUUACAGAAGUUUAUAUGUGAUCUGUUUGCUGUUUAUAUUUAAUUCUGAACUUUUAUAUUGAAGGGAGCUAAAUUUAUUUCAGUCUUCCAAAGGAUUUAUUUUAAAUUACCCAAUUAAAUAUAAUUCCAUAAACAUGAUAAGUAAACUACUUAAGGACACCGUCAUGAUUGCCUUUUACUCUAAGUCUGUGUCCUUAGGCGGCUAAUCUAUGGACAUGUAUAAAAAUAACUUUUGUCAUGGCUGUGUAGUAGGCCCCAUAGACAGUUUGACAGGAUAGAUCUGUAAUAUAAACACUUACUGGUACAUUGAUUAGAAUCAUACUUUAAAAUCCAUUCCAUUUCCCAGUCAGAUAUGUAUUCAUUGUAUUUGUAAAUUGUAUCUCUCUUUCACUAGAGUGCUCCUGGUCUACCCUUGGACACAGAGGUAUUUCAGUUCUUUUUGAAAUGUCUCCAAUGUAACAGCAAUUUCUGGAAAUUCUAAAGUAAAGGCUCACGGCAAGAAGGUCCUGGGAUCUCUUCUCAAAGCAUCUCACAACUUGGAUAGUAUUAAGGCCACUCUCCGUAAUAUCAGUGAUAACCAUGCCAACAAACUGCAUGUGGAUCCAGAGAACUUCAAAGUUUGUAUUUAUUGCUAUUAGUAUUAAUAUUAGCAGCAGUAGUAGUAUGCUCUCCUUUACUUCUGUAUAGUAAUAACAUAAGUGGCAUGGACAGAUUUCAGCUCUUCUUUGUUUGUCAUUCUGGAAACUGGGAAACAGAGAAAAGUGAUGGUCUUAUUUGUCAUUUGCCCCUCUAUGGAUCUACAUGUAGUCAUUGUGGUUCCCAUAAUGCUUAAAGGGUUACUCCAAGAAACUUAACUACUUCAGUAAUUUGAAGUGGUCAUGGUGUCUGGAUUCUGUAAGUGUAUUGUUUCGCUAUGAAAUGCUGCACAUACGGAAAUUAACCCUUUUGCUGCUGUAGGUGUAAAUCCACCUCCGUCAGCGUUAUUGGAGCGUGAUUAGUCAGCCCAGAACAAGACUGGAUGUUGAUUCUGUGCAUGUUUGGCAUCAGUGGUCAGCACACACAGGAUGCCGGUGAGAGACAGCAAGUGGGGGGCACAUUACUGUCCCUCGUUUUGCCUCUGCUCUCCCCUCAACCUCCUCCCUGACAUCAGGAGAGAAUAACUAAGCUGCAAAGCAUGACACUGGACUAAAGUGUGGGGGAGUGAGAGGGCAGAAUAGGAAGGCUUACUGUGACCAAAACCAGUGCUUUCUUAAAACACCGCUUUUAUGUUUGAAGUAGAUAUUUAAUUCUUGUAUGGCCAUUUUAGCAGCAUAGGAACAAUAGUCUACAAAAGACAAGCACUCCAGAUCUUGUGGACUACAUAUCUUCUUAUGCUUUGCCAGCAUUACGGCAAAAAUUAUUAUGGGUAGUUUACAACAAGUAGAGGGCUUGCCUUUUGUAGACUAUUGUUCCUAUGUUGUUAAGAUGGCCAUGAUGUCAAGAGCCUCUGUUGCCAAUAUGGCUCUAGGUUUUUCACUUAUUAAUAAAUAUAUUUAAAUAAACUUUAAUAUCCUCUAUAAACAAGGAGCUACAUUUAUUCUAUGUCUCCAUUUUGGAUGUUGAUGACUUUUAAAAAAAUUAUUAUUAUUAUUUUAUUAUUUAUAUAGCGCCAUCAGAUUCCGUAGCGCUGUACAAAGGGUGGACUAACAGACAUUUACUUGUAACCAGACAACUCAACGCACAGGAACAGAGAGGUGGAGGGCCCUGCUCAAUGAGCUUACAUUCUAGAGGAAGUGGGGUAUAGUGACACAAAAGGGUAAAAGUAGGGGUACGAAGUAAGUUGUUAGAAAAGUAUUCGCUGAAGUCUUAAUAGGUAAUUUUUGACAGUUGCAGGAGAGGAGUCAUGGAGGGUGGGGGAUGAAAACCUGCUAACAGUUUAAUUGAUAUGCUUUCUUGAAGAAGUGAGUUUUCAAUGAUUUUUGAAUGAGUGGAGACUGGGUGAAAUUCUUAUGGAGGAGGGAAGGGAGUUCCACAGAAGAGGUGCAGUCCUGGAAAAGUCUUGGAGGUGAGUGUUAGUGGUGGGAGUACGGACAGAGGAUAUACGUAGGUCUUUGGCAGAGCGUAGGGGCCUUGACGGGACAUACUUGUGUAUUAGGGAGGAUAGGUAGGUUGAAGCAGUAUUAUGUAGGGACUUGUAAGCAAGGACCAGAAUUUUAAAUUGAGCCCUAUAUCUAACUGGGAGCCAAUGCAGGGACUGACAGAGCGGUGAGGCGUGGGAGGUGCAAGCGGACAGGAAAAUGAGCCUUGCCCCCACAUUCAUUAUAGAUUGCAAUGGUGCAAUCUGGGAACACGUAAGACCACUGAGCAUAGUAUUGCAGUAGUCCAGGCAUGGACCAGCACCUUAGCCGCAUCUGGGGUUAAAUAGGGGCGGAUGCUUUGUUUUUGAGAUGGGAGCGACAGGAUUUUGCAAUUGAUUGGACAUGAGGGGUGAAGGAGAGGUUGGAGUCAAAAAGAACACCCAGGCAGCGAGCCUUCGAGGUAGAAGUGAUGGUAGUGCCGUUGACUUGGAGGGAGACAGACACGGGAGUAGUAACACUUGAGGGAGGAAAGACCAGAAGUUCUGUUUUGGACAGGUUGAGCUUAAGGAAUUGAGCAGCCAUCCAGUUGGAAAUCGCGAAGAGGCAGUCAGAGACACGAGUCAAGAUGGGCGGAGAGAGAUCAGGAGAGGACAGGUAGAUUUGCGUGUCAUCAGCAUAGAAAUGAUAAUGGAAGCCAAACGAGCUGAUGAGUUUACCAAGGGAGGCAGUGUAGAUAGAGAACAGUAGGGGACCAAGGACAGAACCUUGGGGGACGCCGACAGAGAGUGGUUGGGGGGAAGAGGCAGAGUCAGAGAAAGAAACACUGAAAGAGCGCUAGGAGAGGUAAAAACCACAUACAUAUAUGAUAUAUAUCUACCUGUCAAUUUCUCUAAACCAAACUUAACAUUAACAAACCUAUCAUCAACGGCAUUAUUUUCCAUAGGUAGAUAUUAGUUGUUUAUAUGUACGUAACUUACUACGGGUUGUUCAAAUGCAUAGAGGAUACUCAUCUUUUAAAUCUAUGGAGAUUUGGCACCCCUACAUUAAGCCAGGAAUAAAUUGCCUUUAGUUCAAUAUCUUCUGUAUUCUAGGUCAACAUUAACCGUGACACUGUGUCCAUGCCAUAUUGAACUCAUGGCCAUUAUUAAACAGACCAGAUUUAUGUUACAUUACACUACUUAUUAUAACUGUAAAUCAUACCUUAACAUAGCAUAGAUUCAGAUACUCAGCUUUAUUUCAAUAAAGCAGACUGUAUUUUUCAAAUCUCAUACUACACAGUGCGUGAUUUCAUUAAUCUCCUUAAUGUAAUGUUUGGCUGAUUCUGAGCAGUGAGAGGCCUUUGAAUCUCAGGGUACACUGGACAUGCAUGUUAUUUGCCAUUGGCUUCCUAUAAAAUAUAGAGCUCAAUUUAAAAUUCUGGUUCUUGCUUUCAAAUCUCUACAUAAUGCUGAUCCCACCUAUCUAUCCUCCCUUCUACACAAGUAUGUCCCGUCUAGGCCCUUACGAUCUGCUGAAGACUUACGUCUAUCUUCUGUCCGUACUCCCACCUCUGACGCUCGCCUUCAAGAUUUCUCGAGGGCUGCACCGUUCCUGUGGAACUUGCUUCCCUCCUCCGUUAGAUGCUCACCCAGUCUCCACUCCUUCAAAAAAUCGUUAAAAACCCACUUAUUCAUAAAAGCGUAUCAAUGAAACUGUUAAUAGCUCCCGAGUAAUUCCUCUCUUGCAACUGUCAUUAGUCUAAUACUAUCCUUACCUUUUUGUGUCAUUUUAGCCCACUCCCUCUAGCAUGUAAGCUCAUUGAGCAGGGCCCUCAACCCCUCUGUUCCUGUGUGUCCAACUUGUCUGGUUACAACUACAUGUCUGUUCGUCGACCCCCUGUAAAGCGCUGUGGAAUUUGACGGCGCUCUAUAAAUAUCAUAAUAAUAAUAAUUAAUUGAUUGUUGUUUUUUUUUACAUUCACGGCAGUUUGGUGAAGUGUUCGUGAUUGUCCUGGCUACAAAAUUAGGAUCGUCUUUCACUCCAUCAGUCCAAGCCGCCAUCGAGAAAUUCUUUGCUGUUGUUGUCGAUGCUCUGAGCCACAAAUAUUACAAUUAAUGUUACCUGUACAUAAAACUGCAUGCCUGUAAUAUGAUGCAUAAUAAAAUUGCUUUGUAUGGAAAUAAAAUCAGGUUUCUUUCUCUGUUAUUUUGUAGAACCAAUAGUUUGUGGAAAGUCUUUAAUAAACUGUAAAUGUUGAUAAUCCAAUAGGUGACUCUCCAGUAAUGCAACUCUCACAGACUUCAGCCAGAUCCUGGUUAGAUUCAGCUAUGCUUAAGGUCAUGAUAGUUGGAGUGCAACAACAGCAGAUAAUUAACUCCUGCCCAUCCCUGCUCUAAAUCAUGUCAGGGUUAUUUGCUGACGUGAGAACUGACUGGAAUUCAAAGUGAAUUUAAAAUGAAUUUCAAGUUUAAGACCAAAGUAACUGAACUGGAAGCAUAACCAUCUUGGAGAAUUUUUCCAAUUUGGUAAUAUUGACCUUAAAUUUGAAAUUCAUUUUUAAAUUCCAUUUGCAUUCAAGACAAUUCUCACUUUAGUGAAUUGUCCUGUAUGUGUUUAUGCUAACCGGUUAGUAAAAGGGUAUAAUAUAUAUACAUUGAAAUCACUUUGAACUCUCACUAUAGUAAACAGCCCCAUAUGUAAAUGUUUUGCAAAGUAGGUGUGAUUUUAUCUCCAGAUAUUUGUGAAAAAAGACCAUUAAGAAAUAAAAUAUAAUUUAUGAUAUUGAAUAAAAACAUCAAAUAUUUCAUACUGUGCAAUAAAGACUACUAUGAAUCUUUGAAUAUAGGUAUGUGAUAUUUGAAUCUCUGACACAAACCAUCUCAGUAAAGUAAAUAAAUUGUGCGUAUAAUUCAUUAUAAACCUGGUACAUUAAGAUAUAUAAACUAGUUAACUCGCAUCCAGACAUGUCCUUUAACUGUUGUCUGGUUCCAACUCCCCAAAAAGCUCCCCAAUGCUCAUCCCAGCUCCCCAAAUCCCUGUAGUCUAGUUUAAACACACUGUACAAACUACACUCACAAAUACACUAUACAAACACACAUAGCUUCCACCAUACACUACACACACUACACACACAUACACACACACUAUAUCCACUUCACACAAUGCAUUCAUUAAACAUACAAACUGCAUCCUUUAUACAAACACACACAUUGUAUCCACUAUACACACAUUGUGGUGGAAUUGGUGGUGGCCCUGUUGACUGUAUUGGGGUGGCCCCAGGGUCCCAGGCCUUGCACUGUGUAAGGGGCCCCAAAAUUUCUGAAAGCAGCUCUGUUAACAGAGACAACUGGCGAUCAGGCCUUGCUCAAGCAAGCUUACACUCUAUGAGGUUUAUUUCCGCACUAACUAAAAUAUAUCCCUGCCUUUUUUUAUUUUUAUGUAUGUGCCCUGCAAAUCGAGGAUAAAAUGCUAAAAUAUGGAUGAUUCAAAACACCAGUGGUGCAGCACAACCCCAGAGCAUCAUAGAUAAUAUCAAUGAGUAGAGGCAGUUCCUAAAUACAUAAAUGCAAUCAGGGCCGGUGCAAGGAUUUUGGGGUACACAGGCUAAGAUGAUUUUGGAGCCCCCUCCACACCCAAAAGCAUCUUCACCUGCCUUUUGUUUAUUACCCCCUUUAGUGUCUUAUCCCUUAUUUUUUUCCCCAUUGUGUUUCGUUACACCCCCUUUGUGAGUCUCCUUCUCUCCCAGCCCCUUUGUGUCUUUUACUCUUACCAGCUCCUUUGUGUAUUUCUCUUUCACAACCAGCCCGUCUAUCUCCCCCCAGCCCCUCUGUGUCUCUUUUUCCUCUUCUCCAACCCCUUUGUCUCUCUUUCACCCCCAGCCCCUUUGUAUUUCCACUCACAUGCCCUUCUGUAUGGCUCUUUCAUCCCCAGCCACUCUGAGGACUUUCUCACUCCCAGGCCCAUCUGUGUGUCUUUCUCCCCCCUCAAUUCAUUUGCUGUCAAACAAGUUUCAUUCGGGUGUUUAAUGGGUACAUCCUUCUGGUAUAAUUUAUGUUCCCUCAUAUUGUCUAUUAAAAUGUACGAAUACUCAUUUGGUUAGGGGAAUUGAUUCUUACAAUUCACGGUGAAAUUUAAUUAUUUGAAAUGUUUUUAUUUAUUUUUUAACAUAUAAAUAUGCGUCAAUAAAACUCCAUUCCAAACAAUCAAGUGUGAUGAUCAUAGUCAAAGUGUAUAUAUAAACACAUGAAAAAUGUCACAGUUCAUAUAGUGUUAUCUAUGCUUAAAGUAUUAAUAUUCUAUUGAAACAGUCAUGGAACAUAAAUUAGAAAUUUAUGUUCUUCAAGAAAAGAUAAACAAUGAUGCAUAAAUAGCAUAUAGGACAAACAUAAUAAAAAAUACAUUGUACAAAAGGCACAAAUAUUGUACCGUAUAUAAACAGACACCUGAGGAGGGCAGGGGGGGGCUCUUCUAAUCCAAUUCCUAAAAUGUUAUUUUAUAAUAAAGGUUGUUUCAAAACAUACAUUUCCUAUUGGGGAUCAACCUGUAAAACAAAGCUGCAAUUAUGAUAGAUAUCAAUGUCAUGUAAUAUAUGGUUUUCGGGCAGAAUUCAAUCUUUAGAAUAUGUAAACCAAACAUUCCAGAUCUUAUUAUAUUUCCCUAUAUUACCAUCAUUAUAGUACACCACUUUUUCCAUUACUCCUUGGUAGUCAACCUGUGGUAUUAUUUCUUCUAAAUUGGGAGAUUUCUCCCUUCUCCAAUAUCUAGCCAUACACAGUUUCACUGCCAUUGAAAUUUGAAUAAUCAGAUAUUCCAAUGAUUUAGAUCAAGCAUGUCAAACUCAAAGUCUGGAUCGGGCCACAUAAACAAGGUUUAAGUUUAUGUGGGCCGCAAAAAAACAAAUACCUUAAAUUUUCAUAGAAACAGCAUCCCCCUCUACUAAACCACAGCGCCCCCCUUUACUAAAUCCCAGUCUCCUCUACUAAACCACAGCACCUCCCUCUACCACCCUGUGCCAAAUCUGAUCCUCCAGCUGACACAAACACAUAUUCACUGACAGACACAAACAUACAGACACACACAUACUCACAUACAUACACACUGACACACACACACUCACUGGCAGACACACACAUACUUGCUGACAGACAAACACACACUUGCUGACAGACACACACAUACUUGCUGACAGACAGACACACACACACACACUCACUGACAGACACACACACAGACAGACACACACACAUACUCACUGACAGAGGCACACACAUACUCACUAACAGAUACACACACACACUUACUGACAGACACACACACACUGUCAGACACACACACACACUGACAGACACGCACAAAUUGACAGACAGAAACACACACAUACUUGCUGACAGACACACACACAUGCUCAUUGACAGACACAUACACAUACAGACACACUGACAGACACACACACAUUGACAGACAGACAACCACACAUACUUGCUGAAAGACACACACACAUACUCACUGACAGACACACACAUACUUGCUGACAGACACACACACACUUGCUGACAGACACACACAUAGUUGCUGACAGACACACACACACACACACACAGGCACACACUCACUGACAGACACACACACACAGACAGACACACACAUACUCACUGACAGAGGCACACACAUACUCACUGACAGAUACACACACACACACACACACUUACUGACAGACACACACACAUUGACAGACGCACAUACACUGACAGACACACACACAUUGACAGACAGACACACACAUACUUGCUGACAGACACACACACAUACUCACUGACAGACACACACAUACUUGCUGACAGACACACACAUACUCACUGACAGACACACACACAUACUCGCUGACAGACACACACAUACUUUCUGACAGACACACACAUACUUGCUGACAGACACACACACACUCACUGAAAGACAGACAGACACUGACAGACACAAACAUACUUGCUGACAGACACACACACACUCAAUGACACACACACAUACUCACUGACAGACACACACACACGCACAUACUCACUGACAGACACACACAUACUCACUGACAGACACACACAUACUCACUGACAGACAGACACACACACUGACAGACACACACACACACAUACUCACUGACAGACACACACACACACACACUCACACAUUCUUACAAACAUAUACUUUUCUCUAUUGCUCCCUACUUUUUGGAGCCGAUGUGGGGCAUCUCCCUGGGGUCCUUCCUGCUCCUCACUGCUCCCUUGCGCUGUUUAGUGAUGCCGGGUGCCGGAAUAUGACGUCAUAUUCCUGCGCCCGGCUUCACUUUAGACGGCGUGCGAGGGAGCAGUAAGGAGCAGGUACACUGAGCUCCCUCGCUGGCCCUCCUCCCCAGCCGGGUAAGUUUUAGCAGAGCAGGCACCUGCAAUGUGGGGGAAGCAGGUGCCUACUCUGCUAUAACACCAGCCUGUACUUGUGGUUCGCUGGGCUGCAAAGAUGGUCCUUGUAGGCCGCGGGUUUGACAUUCUUGCUGUAAUAGCUUUGGUGCCAGGAGUGUCCUGGUGCCCCCUUGAUAUAAGUAGUCAGUCUGUUUAUUAAUGGCUUGACAGUUACUAGUGACUUCCUCUAUGAGAGUUAAAAGCUUUUAACUCAGGGCUUAACUCGUUGGCUGAGAGAGGUCAGCUAAUGCACUGAGCCAACGAGCUGGGCCUGCACAGCAGGGCCUCUCCAUACAGGAAGUCACUAGGACACCUGGUAGGAAGCAAAUGGUUUGGUUACAUACAUUGAGGGGCCUCCAGACAUCAUACGCUCAGUAGUGCUCGGUAGAGGUUUUGAUACAUAAGUGUUGUUUAAAAAGGGAACUGUCACUUCUCAAGAUAUUAUGUUAACGUAUCUUUAUAUUCCACAAAUGUGUAUUUUGGAUGUCUAAAGAAUUAUAUUACAUUUAAGAUAGAAACAUUUAAAUACAGAAAGGGAAUCAACACAGUAAAGGAGGAGACUAUAUUUAAAAGAAGAAAAACUACCACAACAAGAGGACAUAGUCUUAAAUUAGAGGGACAAAGGUUUAAAAAUAAUAUCAGGCAGUAUUACUUUACUGAGAGGGUAGUGGAUGCAUGGAAUAGCCUUCCAGCUGAAGUGGUAGAGGUUAACACAGUAAAGGAGUUUAAGCAUGCGUGGGAUAGGCAUAAGGCUAUCCUAACUAUAAGAUAAGACCAGGGACUAAUGAAAGUAUUUAGAAAAUUGGGCAGACUAGAUGGGCCGAAUGGUUCUUAUCUGCCGUCACAUUCUAUGUUUCUAUAUUAAAUGUUAAAGUCCACACUCUGUAUCCUCUGACUGGGCGCCUUCAUCUUAGUUCCCUGACAAUCAUUGUUAUAACCUCCUGGAUUCUUCAUCCAAUGAAAAGUAGAAAUGAAAUAAUGUUUCUGCUUAUUCUCCUCUCUUGCAAUGGUUACCCAGGCUUUGCUUUGACUGAACUGAAUUGUGAUGUAAAUUGUUAUAUCUUUUAUAUUAACUUAAAAUAAAAAGGAAUAUCACAUACAAAAGAGGUUAACAGAAGCUAAACGUGCUUUUCAAUAAUUUACUCAAUGGUCUAAAUUCCAGGUAAGUUGGACCUCCCCUUUCAAAGGACACUUCAGGUUAUAUUUGUUAUUAAUGUAACGUAUUGAUAAUGCAUUGACAAGCGACCCAAUUUAAUUGCAAUAUUCACAGUUCAUUAAAAAAAUACACGCUUUCACACGAAACCUGUGGUUUAUACAGAUUUUCAGUGUCUUGCAAUAUCCUUGAAAAAUCCAACAGGAUACAAGAAAAUUGGCAAUAAUUGUACAUAACGAAAAUACUUUACUCCUCAACCAAACAGCUAGUCCUGUGGAUGCAAGUAAUGAAUGACGUCAUGCUCCUGAGUUGGCUGAGUAGGUUUGAAUCCUAAAUGAAGAAUGGGUGGUACAGGAAGUUGCUUGCAAGGCAGAGAUAGUGGUUCUAGAGGCUGGAGAUAGAAAUAUUGCUGUCUUUACAUAUGGGGAAUCUAAAGGUGAUAAUAGAAAGAAUGUGAUAAAAUGUGUCUGUUUAGCUCCGUAUCAUUAUCUGAUGCUCCCUGUUACUUAAAGAUGCACUAUAAGCACUGACAUAAUUUACAUGCCUAUUAAAAGAGGCAGCCACACAUGUUAGAUGCAAUGUAGUAACAUUUUCAUUUUAGAAUUCUUUUUUUGUAUUAUUAUAAUUAUUAUUAUUACUCUUCACUUAAAAAAAUACUACAACGGUUAUUCAUUAAAUUAGAGUUCAAAGUGAAUUUUAUAUUUAAGGUGAAAAAAGCUACUCUGGCCUUAAGUUUGAAAUUCACAUUAGAUUCACUUUGAAUUUUCAUUUUAGGAAAUAACCCUGUAAUUAAUUGUACCCACAUUUCCACUUUUCCUGUAAAGUUUAUGUUCAAGAGUUUCUGGAAGGACGAUGGAUGAAUGCAAUUUUAAAUAAACCAUAAGUAAAGGUUUAAUAAAAAAACAAAGAUAAAAGUUACUUGCGCACUACCCAAAGCCCUAUGCACAUUUAAAUAACUGAAGGUUAUUUAGAAUCACUGCAAUGGCCAUUUAAGUGUAAGCUCACCUGCCACGUCACAACAAAACCUGUUAGGUCAGUCUUACACUAACAAGCCGUCAGCACCGACAUGCGACCAGCGGCCGCCAUAUUAUUAAAAACAGUCACAGGGCUCCCUCUGUAUAGGGAGUUAGAGUUCUGCAGCCCCCAGGUGCCGCGGCCCACCGGGAAAUUUCCCGGUAUCCCGGUGGGUCAGUCCGGCCCUGCUAACAAUUAACCUUGCUAUCUUCAACUAUAAAGUAAACUCUCUAAUGAGACAGAGAAAUGUAUUUAUCUAAACCCCUAACUACUUAUUAACCCUUAAUAGGGAAUACAUGCGAUUGGUGGCAGCAAUGUAACAUGGCUGUGUAAUACACAAAGCAGGUGAGCGACACUUAAAUGGCCAUUGGAGUUAUUUAUUUUUUAUUUUUUUUAAACUCCAGUUUUUAAAAUGUGCAUAGGGAUUUGAGAUAAUGCACAAGUAAUUUUUUUUAAAUUUUUUUUUAUUGUAUGUAUUGAGGCCGAUGCGUACUAUAGUUAUUGCUGCCGUCCAGGAGUAGUGGGAGUUCAGGGCUUAAUUUUGUAUGUUAACAUGUAAAGGUUUGGCUGGAAAUUAAAAAAGAAUUGCAAAGAUUAAAACAUAUUCAGGGUUAUUUACUAACAUGAGAAUUCAUAUUGAAUUUCAAAUUUAAGGCUAGAGUAGUUGAAUGGAGAGCAUGGCUGACGUCCAGUUUGGCUAAUUGGACAUUAAAUUUUAAAUAACUUUGCACACACCUUGAAUUCUCACUUUGGUGAGAAUAAAUCACCAAACUCGGAUUAAAACCUGCAGCUGCUUGAAAAAGUUGUUAUAAGUAUAGUUGCUCUGUGCAAAUUGUUAUUUAAUGCAUUGUUAUUCUGACAAUAUAUUAAGUAACCAUUACAGUUUGAGAGAAAGUGCUUGGUAAACUCCCUCUUGGUCACAGCAUUCAGAGAAUGAGUCAGAACAUCGCGCCAGGUUAGCAUGGCAACGCCCUGACUCAAUCAAUGAGCACUGGACAGGAAAACUAUUUACGGUGGUCUGCACCUGCUACUCUCUCAGAAAUGUGGUCAGACGCCCACCGCAACCACCUGGGAUUAUACGCACCUCUCUGGAGAAAGGUAAGCAGGGUAUUUUUUUUCUGUUAUUAGUAUUACACACACUGUAGUCUCACACACUCAGACAACACCACAUACAUUUAAACUCAGCAAAUCUCACACAUAAUUACACUCGGGCACAUACAAUCAAAACUCCGCAAACCCUACACACAAUCACACUCACACUCAGUCAUCUCCAUACACAAUCAUACUUAGACAAGUCCAAACACAACCAUACUUAUUCGACAUCACACACACUCCUACUUAGCCAAGCCCCCACACAUAAUUACUCUCAGCCAACCCCAUACACACAUACAUAUCACACAACCACACUUAGCCAAGCCCCACGCACAGUCAUUCUCAUCCAAUCAUCAAGAGCCACUGCGCACAUCCCACUCAGGUGUAUUGCUUGAGGGGAGUAAGAAGGGCCAAUGAGGGGGGCUUUACUUUCCCUUAGGGUCCAGUGGUUCCUAGUUAUGCCCAUGUUGAGGGAAGUAUGCAGAAGAAAUCACUGAAAAAAAUUACCUUUGUAUUCACAUUAAAUGCUGCCCUUGGUAUCUAUACAUGUCAAUGCCAGGUCUACUUCAUUUAGAGUUUUAACACUGACCCUUACUAAAAUAAUGGCAAUAGUUUAAUUUCAAUGUUGCAACUCCAAGUACUUGAUAGAGUAAAGAACUGGAAAAGGUAAAAAUAAAGAAGGUGAUACAACGCAUCACAGGAGUGACUGCGUUACGAUUGAUCAAUUUGAUGAGUUGUUUAUAAAAACAGGUAUGGGUGGCAUGGGAGUGAUCACAUAUAAGUGGGUGAAAUAUUUCAUAAAAUUAGAAAUGGGUUUUGGUAUAAACUAGAAAUAAUGGGAAAGAUGCAGAAGGGCAACUCCUAAUAUGUGAAAAAGAUUGCUUAGCUGGGUAAAGGGAAUGGGAAUUGUGUGUGUGUUUGGGAUGGGGGGUUAAUUCUGUCGAUGAUAAUUGGAGAAAUGGAACAUUUAGUGUAGAGUAACAAUACGGAAUCUGUCAAUGAGAAGAUGCAAAAUAGCAAGGUCAGACCUAUCUUCAAAUAUUUCUUCCUCUUAUCAGUAACAGCAAGUUUGAGUUGGAGAACAAAAAAGGAUGACAGGGUGGUUUAUCGUAGGCGUAACAUGGUUGCUUUUCCUAUAAAAUCUGGUGGAGAAAGACUUGUCUCUCAGAGCCUUGUACUUCUUGUUUCUGAAGCCUGAACUACUCAUCCCUCUAACAGCCACCAUGGUUCACUGGACAGCCGAAGAGAAGGCAGCCAUCGCCACCAUCUGCAAGAAAAUUGAUCUGGAACAUGAUGGUGGAGAUGCCUUGGGAAGGUGAGAAAAUAAUGAUUAUAAAGGGUUUUAAAUGAUUCAUGUUCUGUUCAUGUUUAAAGCAGAGACAUGUAAAUCUUAGAGAAUCUUACUUUCAGUGAUCUAAGAGCAGGUGGCUAAAUAAUCUAUUGGGUGAAUUAAUCUAAAUACAAUAAUUAUUGAUGCUUAGAAGUUAUUUCUGUAGGAAUAAGUCAAACAAUUACUGACAUUUAUGAAUAGGACAUGUUACAUAUAAAAUAAUACCUCGUAGAAAUUAAGGCUUGAGAGAAAAGCCCUAUAAUCCAACCUUUUAUCGGUAACAUGCUUUUUACUAUAAUACCAAAUGUUCUGUAAAAUUUUUUUAACAUUGGCAUAAUUUUAUUAAAGGGACAUUCUAAGCACCAUAAUCACUACAGUGUAUGGUGCAAAGUCUUUUUGGAUGCUUUCCAUCCCCUAUUUCCUUUUGUCAAACCAUUUUAAGAGCUUUGACAAAAAUGACAAAAAUGCUAUUAAUGCACAGAUAAAUGUAACAAAGGGUCCUAUUUUUGUCAAAAAACAUUUGAUAGAAAACAUAAGUAAGGCACACAAAAACUAAUUUCACCAUAACUACUACAAUAUUACAAUAUGCUGCUGUACUGAGUAGGUGCAUGUGAUGUCCCUUUAAUAAAAUGAUGCCCGAUCCAUCCCACAUUAAGAUGUGCUUAUUGUAUUUUUUUAAAACAUGUUUCUCUCUCACUAGGCUACUCCUGGUCUACCCCUGGACCCAGAGGUAUUUCAGUUCUUUCGGAGCCCUGUCCAACGAAACAGCAAUUUAUGGAAAUGCCAAAGUACAGGCCCACGGCAAGAAGGUCCUGGCAGCUCUUAACAAUGCAGCCCACCACUUGGAUACCAUUAAGGCCGAUCUCCGCGACCUCAGUUACAGCCAUGCCAACACACUUCAUAUAGAUCCAGAGAACUUCAGAGUAUGUAUUUCACAUAAAGAUUAUUUGGGUAGUUAUGGUUACAGAAUAUCAUUGUUACAUAUUUUCACUAAGAAAGACUGUUAUGUUUAAGACACUUAUAUCAGUUCAUGUUUGAAUAUUUUGUGUUGAAUAUUAAUUAUGCAAAAUAUUUAGUUGAUGGUUGCAAUAGGAAUGGCAUAAUGGUUAAACUGUAGACUCUACAGCAACUUUCACUAGAGUUCGAUAAUGGUCAUGUGCUACAUGUGGAGUAACAAAAUGAUAGAUAAGGGCGUUUCAUUAUACCUGAAAUCUCUACACCUUUUAAAAUAUCUCUGUCCCACAAGCAAGCUGCAAUUUAAUACAUCUGAAUGUUUUAUUCUAUGAUGCAACAGUUUAGCUGCUGGGUGGGCUCCAAUGUUUUCAAUUUUAAUUAUAUACAUUUAUUAUAAAAUACAAGUUAUUUGUCAUAUUAAGAUUACAAAAAUUAUAAAUUAACAGCACAAUUUACCAUAUUUGAAAAAUAUGGGGUUUCAGAGCAUUUGUUGUCAAUAUGUGUCCCUAAACUCAGAUUGCCAAAUUAUUUUUGUGGAAUUCAAAGGGAAUUUAAAAAUUAAGGCCAAAACAAGUGAAAUAUUAAAAAAAAUUAUCCAAACCAGUUCUGUUUUCUCUUUGGCUAUUUUCACCUUAAAUUAGAAAUUCACUUUGAUUUUCUAGCAAUUUUCAAUCAGGUUAGAAUUGCUUUAUGUUCUAGGGUUGCACUUAAAAAGUAAUAUGUAGAGAAUCCUAUGUUGCAGCAAUUAAAUUAGAGUGAAAUUAUUUAUGAAACACCAAACUGUAGUUAAUUGAAAGCCAAUUGCAAAAUCUAAGCUAAAGUACUGAAUAAUGGAAAUGAAUAAUUAAUUGACUUUUGUACUGCAACAUCUUAAUACUGCAUUUUGAGGCUAAAUAACAUACAAUGUAAUAAAUGUACAGCUUUCUAUCCUGGACUUGAUAAAUAGAUUCAUUAAGGCAUUUUUUUCUGUCUUAUUUGCAGCGUUUUGGUGAAGUGUUCGUGAUUGUUCUGGCUGGAAAAUUAGGAUCCUCUUUCACUCCAUCAGUCCAAGCCGCUUUCGAGAAAUUCUUUGCAGUUGUUGUCGAUGCUCUGAGCCACGAAUAUCACAACUAAUUUUACCCCUACCUAUUAUUGCAUGUUUACAAGAAAAUAUGUAAUUAUAUUUGAAAUAAAACCCUUGUUUCUUAGUCAGUUUGUAGCAAUAUUUCUUUCUUAUUCUCUACAUUAAGGCUGGUCAACAAUUCUCCUUAACUUUAUCCAGAACGUGUUAGAGCUACAUUGCUAAAGUCACGGGAUUAGCCGGGUAAUUCACAAACAAAAAGAAUAAAAGCGUGCCUAAAAAUUAUAAUAAAGCAUAUGCAGAAUUUAUAAAAAAAUAAUAUAGAGUAUAAAAUAUAAAAUUUAUAAAAUUAAACAAUAAGAAAAAAUCCAAAACACUUAUCAAGAGUCCGUAAUAAUAGGUUCUUAUGGGAAGACAAGGAGUCUUGAGACAUCUAGCAGUGUAGAAUCUUCACAAUGGUGGGCUCGAAUCCAGUGGAGAAUAUAUGAAAGGGAAGCAGAAACAGGAACUCCAAUGGUACAGUAUAUCAAUGAAAAUGAAAUUCUAAAAUAGUGAAAAUAGCCGUACUCACACUUUUCAGAGCUAAAUUAUAGCUCUGAUAUUAUGCGCGUGAAGUGGAAUGAUCCCCACUCAAGGAUAUGCAGAAAUAAUCUUUGAUUGGAGAAUUUCUGGCUCGGAUUCGGUGUUCAAAUUGAUAUUAUUCGACCCAAAAUGAGAGAAUGAGAAUAUAGUGCUCUCUGUAUAUGAUUAAACAUAAGAAUAUAAAGUAAAUAACUUACAUUCUCUAGAGCAGACUCGUACUGCUCGGUGUAGGCGUUUGGGUGGUAUAAUCCCCACCUAUGGAUUCUUUAGGCUCCUUGUGGGUAUAGGUCAGGUGCAAAAAUUAAAAUAAAAUAAGAUAAAAAUAAAGAAAAAUGGCAAUAAAGUGUCUUAUGCCAAAUUAAAUUCUUUAUUAUAAAGUAAUUAAUAAAAUAUCUAAAAUGUCUAAACGCGUUUCGCCUCAAAAGGCUUCUUCAAGUAGAUAAUAAUAAAAGAAGGGCACACCUGACAUUCAAAGGUUUAUAUAACAUACAAUAAUACUAUGGGGAUUCGAAAUUCCCGCCAGAAUGACGUCAUCAGCAUAUUGGUAUUAUAAUAGAACUAAAAACAAAUUGAAAUAAUGUGUACAAAUAUCAUAAAAAGAAGAUAAAAGAAAUAUAAAAAUGAUAUGCAAAAACGAGGGUUGAAUUCACAAACGUUAGAAUUGAUGAAAAAGUUCACAUUUUAGGCCAAAGUAGCUGAACUGUAAGCAUUGACGACUUUUUUUCAAUUUGACUAUUUUGGCCUUAAAUUUAAAAUUCAACUUUGAAUUUUCACUUUAGUAAACAAUUCUGGAUGAGUGCAACAACCGCUCAAGAGCCGCAGGUUAUCCCUGCUCUAAAUUUAUAGGCUUUUUUGUUUCUUUUUACUAAACUCGUUAUUGUCGUGAAUUAAAAUCCUAACUGCAAAUUUGAGGCUGAAAUAGCUGAGCUGAAAAAAUAUCAAACUCAGCUAUAGCCACUGUUUGGCUAUUUUAGUUUUAACAUUGAAAUUUGGUUUGUAAUGUGCUAUAGUUCGGGGUUUAGUGAAAAACUCUAAUAUGUGCUGCUAUUAGCAUCUUUAUCAAACUUUAUAUGCUAUAAAUAGCUGGUUUGGGGGUAAGAUCAUUGCUAUCUUUGUGGAAGCAGCUGAUUCGAUAAUGUUUUCAUUUUGGUGAGUUCAAACUAAAUUUUAAAGUCCCUGCAAUUCAAACUUUAAAACAUGAUCAUCGAAUAUAUUAUAUUGUAAACUAGGACACUGGGUCAUCGUGUGUGUAUGGGUCACUGUGUGUGUGUGUGGGGGUGGGGGGGUCCUGGGUGUGUGUAUCUGUCAGUGUGUAUGUAUAUGAGUAUAUGUGUCAGAAUGUGUGUAUCUGUUUGUCAGUAUGGGUGUGUAUCUGUGUAUAUCUCAUUGUGUAUGUGCAUCUGUGUCAAUAUGUGAGUUUAUCUGUGUCAGUAUGUGUGUGUAUCUGUGUGUGGCAGUGUAUGUGAAUAUGCCAAUACAUCCAGGCAUUCAAAGACCAACACAAUACACAAAGAGACCCCUGCAUUCAAAUGCCAAAACUACACACACCACUACAUUCAAAUGGUAGCAAUACAUACAAAUACACUACUACAUUCAAAAAUACAGAUACCCCAUGCAAAAACAUGCUUACAUUCAAACACACAUACGACCCUGCAAGGAUGGGGAAAUGGUAAAUCUCCAGCUGGCAAAGCAUUGUGGGGGUUGCACGAUUGUUAAUCUACCUUUUAGCCAUCCUUGUACUGGGGCCCUCUCUUCAUUAGUUCUGCCACUGGUGCAGAUGCCAACUUUAAUAAUAGUGAUGCCCAGGCAUUUGCACUCUUUCCAGCAAAGACAAGGACACAUACUCAGAGCAUAAUGAACCAUAGGGUGAAUGAUACUCCUUAUACGGCAUAUAGUGUUGUAUUGAUUUCAACUGAUAGAGGUAAGGAGCUCAUGGAGUGAAAUGAGUCUUGUGGAGGAAAGGGACUGGGAAGGGAGGAUUUUAAAGGAGAAAUGCCUUGGACAGAGGAAACAAACAGGCUAGAAGUAAUUGUGGAGGGUGAGAGUUUAUAGGGGAAUAGAGAUUAAAAAUGAGAAGGGUGUUGAUGGAAGACAUGGCUGAGAAGGAGAAGUAUCGCAGAGUAAGGGACCAGUGGAGGAGAAGACUUUAGGAAAAGGGCCAUGAUGAAGGAGGAGAAGCUAUUAGACGAAAGAGACUGAUUGAGCGGAACCUAUAAAGAGUAUGGUUUAUUUAUUAUGGUACUGAUGGAGGAGGAAAGUGAUGGAGGAAAGCGGCUACAGAGGUUGAUGAUGGGGAGGAAGCUGGUUAGUCCAGCUCUGUCAGCCAAUCAAUGUUGUAUAGUAAAUGGUAAUAUGGAAUUGUUAAAAUUGCCUUUUUGCAGCCAAGGAGGAGAUCCAGGGAGGUGCCAGGUGGCAGGGAGAGACGAUGUUCUGUCAAACCACUUCAAAAUUUUGUGUCAUUUAACCAGAGGAUGGAGUCUAGAGAUUCUAGGCAACAUAAUCAGUACAUUGAGUUGCAGAGCUUCUGUUGUUUAGAAUGUCACUUUAAAGGGACACUAUAGUUACCAGAACACCUACAGCUUAUUGAAUUUGUUCUGGUGAGUAUAAUCAUUCCCUUCAGGCUUUUUGCUGUAAACACUGUCUUUUCAGAGAAAAUGCAGUGUUUACAUUACAGCCCAGGGAUACCUCCACUGGCCACGCCUCAGAUGGCUAUUAGAUGUGCUUCCUGGGGCAGUGCUGCACUGUUUAUCCUCUGCAUGGAGACACUGACCUUUCCAAAUAGAGAUGAAUUGAUUCAAUACAUCUCUAUGAGGAGAUGCUGGUUGACCAGAGCUGGGUUUGGCUCUAUCCUAGAUGAUCUAAUUUCAUCUAAUCCUAGAUGAAAGCAUUGUCAUUGGCUCAGAACAACACUUCUAACUAUGUUCUUUAAAACACUCUUCUUAUAGAUUUUUUAUUUUAAGUUUACUUAUCUUUAUUAGUGAUGUUCCGAACGGUUCGCCACGAGCGGUUCGUGAACAGUUCGCCACGAACGGUUCGCCACGGACUCAUCAUUGAGUAAACUUUGACCCUGUACCUCACAGUCAGCAGACACAUUUCAGCCAAUCAGCAGCAGACCCUCCCUCCCAGACCCUCCCACCUCCUGGACAGCAUCCAUUUUACAUUCAUUGUGUAGCUGCAUUCUUAGUGAGCUGUCCAGGAGGUUGGAGGGUCUGGGAGGGAGGGUCUGCUGCUAAUUGGCUGGAAUGUGUCUGUUGACUGUGAAAUACAGGGUUAAAGUUUACUCAAUGAUGAGUCCGUGGCGAACCGUUCGUGGCGAACCGUUCGUGGCGAACCCUUCAGCGAACCGUUCGGGACAUCACUAAUCUUUAUAUUUAACAAAUGUGUAUUUGGGAGGUGUGACAAAUUAUAUUAAAUGUUGAAGUCCACACUCUUCAUCCUCCAUCUUAGUUCCCUGACAAUCUUUGUUAUAACCUCUGUCGUUUGCACCUGGAUUGUCUUGCGAGAUGACGUGGGACGCUGAGUGGGCAAAGCUUCCAGAAUGCUUACGGGCUAGUGCUUCCCCCAAGUUGAAGUGGAGUCUUGGGCAGCUGAACAGCAUUUACACAGCCAGAUGCCUCGGCAGGCACAGGAGUGCCUGAAUAAAAUCUCCUGAAGUUCAAUGAUAAUGAUGAACUACUCAAAAGAAAGGGAUUGAUAAAACUUAAAUAUUUUUAAAUGAAUAUCAAUGUAAAAUCAUAAUGGCAUUUUUGGUUUUUGUUUUAGCACUGUGCAAGAUUUUUGCAUUUGAAUUUUGAGGGAGAUAUGGAACUGACCUAAGCUCAGCCGUACAACCUACAGAUUUAAAUCACCUAUCACUUUUCUAUUAAAAAAGACACUGGGUAUAAUAGACAGAUAAGCUAUAAAUAAUGCAGCGUUAAUUCACAUUUUAUAUAUUAGUAUAACAGUAUCACACAUAUAAUUACAAUUAGUGUGUUUGGUUUUUUCCCACUGUGUAAUAUUUUUGAAAUACAUUUUGGGGAAGAUUUGGAACUGACCUAAGUCCAAUGACAUAAUCUAAGGUUUUAAUGCACUUAUCACUUUCCUAUUAAACAAUUAGGUCUCAAGAGAUAGAUAAGUUACAAAUAUGGUGUUAAGUCACACUUUAUAUUAGUAGAAUAAUAUCACAUGCAGGAUCAUAAUUAGUUGUUUUUUGAUUGUUUUUUUAGACCUCGGGAUAGCCUAAGAUUUUAAAGGAUUUUUCACUUUUCUAUUAAAUAACACAUUGACUCACAAGAGAUAAGUAAGCUAUUUACAUUUUAUUAUAUACAAAUAUAUGUUUGCAACAAUUCUCAAGGGAAAUAAGGAAUUGACCUAAAGAUAACUUAAGACCAUAACUAUUUUAUAUUUAUAAUAUAUAUUUUAUUACUUAAAUUCAGGAUAACUUAAAGUACUAUUGCAUUUAUUAUUUUUUUUCUUAUUAUUAGAAGUGUACUAAGGUACAAGAGACUAAUAAGCUAUUAUAUUGGGUCACAAUAGAUAGACCAGUUAUACACAACAAAAAGGGAUAUUUUAUUAUUUUACUCAAUAUUUGAGUACCGCAAUGAAUUUUGUUAUAUCCCCUUCCUUCUCCACUAUAUGGUGGCCCUACGAGCAUUUUUUUUCUAAUAAGAGAGAGAAGUGGUAUUGCAACCUACUUGAAUCUUUCAAAAAUUGUCACUUUUAAUGUUCAAGGUUUUAAUGUUCCCCAAAAGAGAAUUGCCCAUCUAGAUUGGCUAUCCCAAGCUAUACCAACUAGGUAUAUGAUGCUAGCAGAAUUAUAACUAAAAACAUUUCUAAUGUAACUCAUGCCUCUUUAAGAGAAAGCAAAAAAUGUGGGGUUGCAAUUCUUAUUUCUAUAAAUGUUAAAUACAAAUUCACAAAAUCUGUCAUCCUAAAGGGAGAUAUGUAAACUGAGCGAUACAUUGUUUUCAUUUCUUAAUUUCUAUGCCCCUAACGAAAGACAGGUCCACUUUAUCAAUUGUUUAUUAGAUGAUAACGUUUUAGAUAGGGUCAAGGGAACGUUUAUGCUUUUUGGAGAUUUAAUUUGUGUUGUUGAUGUUGAAAAAGAUAAAUAAAUCCUUAAGGAUAAAAAAAAAAACUGGACUGAAAAUCCAGGGGAUUGGCAAGAUCUUUUCAAGAAAGCCUUGGGAAUUAUAAAUUAAAUGACAUAUGGAGAAUAUUAAAUCCUUUUCCUAAAGAUACAAGUAAAUUGGCAAUAAUUGUACAUAAAGAAAAUACAUUACUCUCAACCAAACAGCUAGUCCUGUGGAUGCAAGAAAUGAAUGACGUCAUGCUCCUGAGUUGGCUGAUUACGUUUGAAUCCUAAAUGAAGAACGGGUGGUACAGGAUGUUGCUUGCAAGGCAGAGAUAGUGGUUCUAGAAGCUGGAGAUAGAAUUAUUGCUGUCUUAACAUAUGGGGGAUUUGAAGAUGACAGAAAGAAUAUGAUAAAAUGUGUCUGAUUAGCUCCAUAUCAUUAUCUGAUGCUCCCUGUUACUUAAAGGUGCACUAUAAGCACUGACAAUUUACAUGCCUAUUAAAAGAGGCAGCCACACAUGUUAGAUGCAAUGUAGUAGCUUUGUUUCUUCAUUAAUCUUUUUUUUUCUUUUUUUUUAUAAUUAUUAUAAUUAUUCACUUUACAAAAAUACUAACAGAGUUAUUCAUUAAAUUAGAAUUCAAAGUGAAUUAAGUUAAAUUUAAGGUCAAAAUAGUCGAACUGAAAAAAAUUCUAAGUCAGUUCUGCUUUAAACUUGGCUACUCUGGCUUUAAAUCUAAAAUUCACAUUUAAAUUCACUUUACAUUCUCAUUUGAGUAAAAAUUGUUUUCUAUUUUUGUAAUUGUUUAAUCGCUUUUCUAAUUACCUAAUCGUUCAAAUUUGCAUUUAUUUAGCCCUAUUCACAACCAAAUUUUUCUCUGCACUUUAAGUGAAAUAAAUUGGCUACAUUGAUGUACCGUCUAAUUCAAAUGGAAACUAUAGUGCCAGGAAAAAAAACCCGCUUUCUUGACACUAUAGCUUCCCCUACUGUCAAGCCUCCACUUCCCUUUGAUGUGCAGAAGAGGUUAUAAACGGCCGAUGUCCCUCAGCACUGGAUCAGGUCUGCCUUCACUCCUCCCCCGCCGACGUCAGCCGGUGGAGGAGAACUAAUGCGCAUGCGCAGAAAUGGCCAUACUUGCAUUAGGAUUUCCCCAUAGGAAAACAUUAUUCAGUGCUUUCCUAUGGAGUUUUGGUUGAUGCUGGACAUCCCCAUGCAUAGUGUGACCAAAAGUCGCGUAACAGCCCGGAAAUCCUUCUUGUGGCUGAUUUGUAGACAGCCACUAGAGGUGGAGUUAACCUUAGCAGGUGAUUAUUGCAGUUUCUUAAAAAACUGCUAUAUUUACCUGCUCAGGGUUAAGGAAUCUAGGACAGUGCACCCAGACCAUAUCAAUUAGCUAAGUGGUCUGGGUGCCUAUAGUGUCCCUUUAAGAUCAGCAUUUCUGGCCUUCCAUGUCACAUCUUGCUAUUGAUCUGUGCUUGAUGAUAUUUGGGAGUUCAAUUGAGCUAAUAUGUUACCAUGUAAAGUGGAUGUAAGCAGAAUUUAACAUUCUACAAGUGAACAUAAUAAAUGGUCCUAGUGUUACCUGAAUUUAAAAAAAUAUUGCAAAGAUUAAAACAUAUUCAGAGUUACUAACAUGAGAAUUCAAAGUGAAUUUUAAAUUUAAGGCUAAAAUAGUUAAAUGGAGAGCAUAGCUGACUUCCAGUUCGGCUGCUUUGUCGUUAAAUUUUAAAGGACUUUGAAGUCCCCUUAAAUUCUAACUUUGUUGAAAAUAAAACACCCAACGCUGAUUAAAACCUGCAGUACUGCGUGAAAAAGUUAUACCUUGUUCCUUGCAAAUCGUUAUUUAAUGCAUUGUUAUUCUGACAAUAUAUUAAAUAGCCGUUAUAGCUUGCGUUAUAGAAAGCGCUUGCUAUGCUCCCUCUUGGUUCGCAGCACUAGAAAAUCAUUUACUGUGGUCUGCACCUGCUAAUCUCCCAAAAGUGUCCAGCAGCCCCCAGAACCACCAGGGAUCAUUCCUUUGGACCACCUGGGCUAAUGUGCACAUUCCUGCAGAAAAGUAAGCAGCAAGGGGUAACUAUUUUUCUUACAUUAUUACAUGUAACUCUAAGACCACACUCAGCCAACUCCACACUCAAUCACACUAAUUCAAAUCCACACACACUAAUAUUCAGUCAGCCCUCACACACAUCCCACUAAGCCAACCUCCCACACAAACACUCUAAGCCAACUCCAUAUAUACAUACAUAUUACUCCCCCACAUUAACCGACAGCCACCACAUGCAUCCCAGUCAGGGAUAUUGCUUAAAGGGUGUUGGGGGGAGGGGAGUGAGGGGGCCCAUCUUUCCCAUAGGGCACAGUGGUUUCUAGUUAUACCCCUGCUGAGGGAAGUAUGCAGAAGAAAUGUUGCACAUUCAUAUUAAAUGCUGCCCUUGGCAUCUAUACAUGUCAAUGCCAGGUCUACUUUGUUUAGAAUUAUUUGAAACUGACUCUUGCUAAAAUAAUGGCAAUAGUUAAAUUUCCAUGCUGCAACAUGUACUGUAGAGUAACAAUAGGGAAUCUGUCAAUGAGAAGAUGCAAAAUAGCAAGGUCAGACCUAUCUUCAAAUAUUUCUUCCUCUUAUCAGUAACAGCAAGUUUGAGUUGGAGAAGAAAAAAGGAUGACAGGGUGGUUUAUCGUAGGCGUAACAUGCUUGUUUUUCCUUUAAAAUCUGGUGGAGAAAGACUUGUCUCUCAGAGCCUUGUACUUCUUGUUUCUGAAGCCUGAACUACUCAUCACUCUAACUGCCACCAUGGUUCACUGGACAGCCGAAGAGAAGGCCGCCAUCGCCACCGUAUGCAAGAACAUUGAUCUGGAACAUGAUGGUGGAGAUGCCUUGGGAAGGUGAGAAUACAAUGAUUAUAAAGGUUUUUUAAAUUAUUAAUGUUCUGUUCAUGUUUAAAGCAGAGACAUGUAAAUCUUAGAGAAUCUUACUUUCAGUGUUCUAAGAGCAGGUGGCUAAAUAAUCUAUUGGCUGAAUUAAUCUAAAUACAAUAAUUAUUGAUGCUUAGAAGUUAUUUCUGUAGGAAUAAGUCAAACAAUUACUGACAUUUAUGAAUAGGACAUGUUACAUAUAAACUAAACCUCGUAGAAAUUAAGGCUUGACAGAAAAGUCCUAUAAUCUAGCCUUUUAUCGGUAACGUGCUUUUACUAUAUUACAAAACCUUCUGUAAUUUGUUUUUAACACUGGAAUAGUUAUAUUAAAGUGAGCUUCAAAGCACCAUAACCACUGCAGUUUAUGGUGUAAAAUCUCUUUAGAUGCUGCCCACUUCCAAUGUUUUAUCAAACCAUUUGAAGAACUUUGACAAAAAACAAGGCUAGCUUAAUGCCAGUAGAGAUGUAACAAAGGGUCCUAUUUUUGUAAAAAACUAUUUGGCAUAAAACAUAUGUAAGGAACACACAAACUCAUUGCACCAUAACUACUACAAUAUUAAAAUAUGAUGCUGCACUGAUUAAGUGCAUGUAAUGUCCCUUUAAUAAAAUGAUGCCCGAUCCAUCCCACAUUAAGAUGUGCUUAUUGUAUUUUUGAAACAUGUUUCUCUUUCACUAGGCUGCUCCUGGUCUACCCCUGGACCCAGAGGUAUUUCAGUUCUUUCGGAAGUCUGUCCAACGAAACAGCAAUUUAUGGAAAUGCCAAAGUACAGGCCCACGGCAAGAAGGUUCUGGCAGCACUUAACAAUGCAGCCCAUCACUUGGAUACCAUUAAGGCCGAUCUCCGCGACCUCAGUUACAGCCAUGCCAACACACUUCAUAUAGAUCCAGAGAACUUCAGAGUAUGUAUUUCACAUAAAGAUUAUUUGGGUAGUUAUGGUUACAGAAUAUCAUUGUUACAUAUUUUCACUAAGAAAGGCUGUUAUGUUUAAGACACUUAUAUCAGUUCAUGUUUGAAUGUUUUGUGCUGAAUAUUAAUUAUGCAAAAUAAUUAGUUUAUGGUUGUAAUAGGAAUGGCAUAAUGGUUAAACUGUAGACUCUACAGCAACUUUCAUUAGAGUUCGAUAAUGGUCAUGUGCUACAUGUGGAGUAACAAAAUGAUAGAUAAGGGCGUUUCAUUAUACCUGAAAUCUCUCCACCUUUUAAAAUAUCUCUGUCCCACAAGCAAGCUGCAAUUUAAUACAUCUGAAUGUUUUAUUCUAUGAUGCAACAGUUUAGCUGCUGGGUGGGCUCCAAUGUUUUCAAUUUUAAUUAUAUACAUUUAUUAUAAAAUACAAGUUAUUUGUCAUAUUAAGAUUACAAAAAUUAUAAAUUAACAGCACAAUUUACCAUAUUUGAAAAAUAUGGGGUUUUCAGAGCAUUUGUUGUCAAUAUGUGUCCCUAAACUCAGAUUGCCAAAUUAUUUUUGUGGAAUUCAAAGGGAAUUUAAAAAUUAAGGCCAAAACAAGUGAAAUAUUAAAAAAAAUUAUCCAAACCAGUUCUGUUUUCUCUUUGGCUAUUUUCACCUUAAAUUAGAAAUUCACUUUGAUUUUCUAGCAAUUUUCAAUCAGGUUAGAAUUGCUUUAUGUUCUAGGGUUGCACUUAAAAAGUAAUAUGUAGAGAAUCCUAUGUUGCAGCAAUUAAAUUAGAGUGAAAUUAUUUAUGAAACACCAAACUGUAGUUAAUUGAAAGCCAAUUGCAAAAUCUAAGCUAAAGUACUGAAUAAUGGAAAUGAAUAAUUAAUUGACUUUUGUACUGCAACAUCUUAAUACUGCAUUUUGAGGCUAAAUAACAUACAAUGGAAUAAAUGUACAGCUUUCUAUCCUGGACUUGAUAAAUGGAUUCAUUAAUGCAUUUGUUUCUGUCUUAUUUGCAGCGUUUUGGUGAAGUGUUCGUGAUUGUUCUGGCUGGAAAAUUAGGAUCCUCUUUCACUCCAUCAGUCCAGGCCGCUUUCGAGAAAUUCUUUGCAGUUGUUGUCGAUGCUCUGAGCCACGAAUAUCACAACUAA